CUGCGACUUCGCGUUCAGUCAUUGUCCGACCAACAUCUCGGUCGUACGUUCUAACACCGACCGGCUGUCGCUGCUUCAUUGUCGUACGAGUGCCCGUUAAACGAACGGUUAACUCCGACCCUUGGAGUGUAGGUGUAGUGCUAAGUGAUGGUGUGUUUUUAGCUAUACAACAUAAAAGUGUAUCGCUAACAAGUAUUACUGUCCCCGCUGUGUGGCGAGUUCCACGGAGUUGCCUAACGGCUGUUCGCCUGUCGGCGAGGGAAGGCGGAUCGCAUCAACCGGGAGGAAUGAGCCCCGUGCACCACAGCUCUCGUACUCACCGAUGAUCUCAAGAGACAAUGUAUAUAGACACCUUACCGCUCGUGGUUUGGACGCUCUUAGUCACAACGACAAAUGUAGCGACACAAAGCCAAUAUGGAAUAGGAUUAGGAAUAAAACGAGAAGUAUUUUUCUUAAAUUUAGAAGACGGCUAUUUUGGCUGUCAAGUAAACGAAUCGACACAAAUAUUACAAUUAUAUGAAUUAUCAAAGUUAUGCGACGGUGUCAAGGAUUGCUAUAAGGGAUCCGACGAACUCGCGAAAGAAUUGAAAUGUACAGAUGAUUGUACCAAAGAAGAUGGCGCCCAAUGUAUAAACGGUCGUUGUCUAAACGGGGUGUGCCAUUGUAAUGAUGGUUUCGGCGGCUGCAACUGCCAGGAACCAGAUGUUAAUGAAUGCAAAGAAAGACCAUGCGAUGUUUUUGCUCACUGUACGAACACGGUCGGUAGUUUCCAAUGUUCGUGUUUCCCAGGCUACGAAGGCGACGGUUUCACUUGUAGAGAUAUAAAUGAGUGCGAAGACCCAGCAGUUGCAUCGCGUUGUGUAGCGAACGCAGAAUGCUGUAACUUGCCAGCUCAUUUUAUUUGCAAAUGUAACCGAGGCUUCGAAGGUGAUGGGGAAGAGGAGUGCAGAGAUAUUGACGAAUGUCGACGUCCUGGUGCUUGUGGUGUCAACGCUGUGUGCCAAAACUAUCCAGGAAACUACACGUGUUCAUGUCAGGAUGGUUAUACCGGAAAUGCUUUCGAUGGUUGCGUUGAUAUCGAUGAGUGCGCGGUUGAGGGAAGUUGCGGGCCGGGCGCAGUUUGUCGCAACGUGGAGGGCGGCUACGAGUGCAGCUGUCCACCGGGCUACGAGGGCGACCCCCGCGUCGGCUGUCGCGAUCAGGAUGAAUGUGCACACGCUACUUGUGGAAUUUCCGCAGUUUGCGAGAAUCUUCCAGGCGCUUAUCGCUGUCUGUGCCCACCAGGUUUCGAAGGCAAUCCAGACGUAUUGUGCACUGACGUGGAUGAAUGUAAGGCUAGUCAAGCAGUGUGCAGUGAACACGCUGUAUGUACCAACACCCUCGGCAGCUUCGUGUGCACCUGCAAGCCAGAGUAUACAGGAGACGCGCGUGUAGCCGGGGGGUGCCGUGAUAUCAACGAAUGUGAGACGAUUGAACAUCCCUGUGGAACUCACGCUAUCUGCGAGAAUACGGCGCCAGGAUACAAUUGUAUCUGUCCACAAGGUUACCGAGCUCAACCAGAUCCACAAGUUGCUUGCGAGCAGGUCGACGUUAAUACUUUGUGUAAAUCUAAUUUCGACUGUACCAACAAUGCGGAGUGCAUAGAUAACCAAUGCUUUUGCAAAGAAGGAUUCGACGCCCGAGGAUCAAUUUGUAUUGAUGUUGACGAAUGUGCUAAAAAUUCUUCUUUAUGUGGAGAAAAUUCAAUAUGUAUAAAUAAACUUGGUGGAUUUAAUUGCCAAUGUGCUAAUGGAUUCGUUGGUGCUCCUCCACGAGUAUCUUGCCGAGCUCCAUGUGAGGAUGUGAAAUGUGGCGAGCAUUCGUAUUGUAAACCAGACGGAAUAGAAGCAUAUUGUGUUUGUGAAGCUGGCUGGACAUUUGACCCCACAGAUAUUGCAGCAGGUUGUAUAGACAUCAAUGAGUGUGAUACGUCAGUUGGGCCGGUGGGUCGCUGUGGUAAUAAUGCUCGCUGCAGUAACACACCGGGCAGUUUCAGUUGUCAAUGUCCAGAAGGCUACACGGGUGAUGCUUAUAAACAGUGCACAGAUAUCGACGAAUGCCUUUUAGAGAAUGCUUGUGGCACUGGAGCUGAUUGUAUAAAUCGUGAUGGAUCGUAUUCUUGUGAAUGCCCUGAAGGUAGUAUACCAGAUCCAGACCCUAGAGUACGAUGUGUCGAAAUACUUACUUGUAAAUCUGACAACGAAUGCCCCGGAAAUGCAGUGUGCGACCCUAAUUCGAGAUGUUUAUGUCCAGAGCCGAAUGUUGGAAAUGAAUGCAGGCAUCCUUGUGAAGCUUUGCAAUGUGGAAGUAAUUCGGAAUGUCUAUUAAAUGAACAGGUCGCUCAAUGUACGUGUAAAAGUGGUUUUGCUGGCGACCCAUUAUCACCAACUGGUUGUCAAGAUAUUAAUGAAUGUAAUGAAAAUCCGUGUGGUGUUGGAGCAGUUUGUAAAAAUCUCCCCGGACGUUUCUUAUGUGAGUGUCCGAGUACUUUUAAUGGGGACCCAUAUGUGGAUGGCUGCAUACCUGGGACUAGUCCUAUUGAAUGCAGUAAUACUAAACCGUGUCCUCAAGGUGAACAAUGUAUUUUACACGAUGGGGAAAAUGUAUGUGUUUGUACACAAGGGUUUGCACGCAGCAAAGAAACUGGAAUAUGCGAAGAUAUUAAUGAAUGUACCCAACACGGUCGAUCACCGUGUGGUCUUAAUGCAAUUUGUAAGAACUUACCUGGCAGCUAUGAAUGCAAAUGUCCUGCAGAAUAUAGCGGAAACCCUUACAACAUUUGUGAAGUAUGCAGCGAUAUUACUUGUCAGUGCCAACCACCUUACAAAGUAAUCGAUGGUAGCUGUGUACUUUCCGGCUGCUCAAAAGAUAAUAAAUGUGGAAAAGGUGCCGAAUGUAUUGUAAUUUCCGAUGGAGUAAGUUAUUGCGCUUGCCCGAUCGGUUUCACACAAACAGCUGAAGGGUCAUGUGACGAUAUUGAUGAGUGUACAUCUGGACAACCAGUUUGUGGAUUUGGCGCAGAAUGUGUAAACACGAUUGGAUCUUUUACAUGUAAAUGUCCAAGUGGUUAUAGUCAAGAUUCAAUAACUGGGCAUUGUACGUUGAAUCAAAAGAGAUGUAUCAGUGAUUCAGAUUGCUUCCCGAAUGAAAAAUGUAUUCAACCUGGUAAAUGUGUUUGCCCGCCACCAUUUUAUUUAGAUGUGUCAGAUGGACAAAAAUGUAAAAAUCCUUGUGAAAGAUUUACUUGCGGAAUUAACUCUAAAUGUACCCCAAGUGACCCACCUCGAUGCAUGUGUAUGACCGGCUUCGAAGGAGAUCCCUACACGGGAUGUACAAAUAUUAAUGAGUGCCACAGUGCACCGUGUGCUUUUGGUGCCAUUUGUCACGACCAGAAAGGUGGAUAUCGCUGUGAGUGUCCUGUUGAUAUGGUUGGUGAUCCCUACAAAUCAGGAUGUACGCUCGAAGAAGUGUCAACAAAACUAUAUUCAUGCACUUCAGACAAGGAUUGUCCCAACACGCUCGCGUGUCUGAAUAGCACUUGCUUAUCUCCUUGCACAACUGUUUUGUGUGGAUCGAAUGCUUUUUGUGAAGUGGACAAUCAUGCGGCGUGGUGUCGUUGUAGUCCUGGUUACACCAAACCUGAAGGUGGCAAAUGUAUUUCUGGAUGCGAUACAUAUUCAUGCGCUUCUGGUGCUCAGUGCAUAAUAUCGAAGACUGGGCCAACAUGCGUUUGUCCCGAAGGUAUGGUAGGAAAUCCGUUCCCAGGAGGAGCAUGCAGAAGAGAUACAUGUGGACCUGGCGUACCUUGUGAACAGCCAUUGAUGUGUGUUGCUGGCCGCUGCAGACAACGUUGUGAUGGCGUUGUCUGUGGAGUUGGCGCCUCAUGUGACCAACAGAGCGGCAAAUGCGUUUGUAAUGCGUUUUUCGUUGGUAAUCCAGACUUACUCUGCAUGCCUCCUAUUUCACCUCCAUCUUGUGAACCUGGAUGUGGCCAAAAUGCUCAUUGUGUUUAUGGACAAAACAAUGCUUGUAAAUGUAACAAAGGAUUUACAGGCAACCCAUACAAAACAUGUUUACCUCGCAGACAAAUAACAUGUGCUAAAGCCUCCUGUGGUAUCAAUGCAGUUUGCCAACAAACGAGAUCUCAUGUUGAGUGUCUGUGUCCUCCAGGCUACAUAGGAAAUCCUAAUAUACAAUGCACGGAUAUAGAUGAAUGCAGUAGUAAACCAUGUGGGGAAAAUGCCAUUUGUAUAAACACACCCGGAAGUUUCAGUUGUAUAUGCAAAAGCCGAUAUGUUGGAAAUCCUUACGAAUUAUGCUCACAAGUAUCUAUUCCCAAAUGUGUUGAUGGCGCCAUUUGUACUUGUUCUCAUAAUGCUACCUGUCCUGAAGGUUACAUUUGUGAAAAAUCUAAAUGUGUCGAUGUUUGUCGUACGAUGAUGUGUGGUCCUAAAUCUAUAUGCACAGAAGGAAGUUGUCAUUGUCUUCCAGGACAUAGUGGCAAUCCUAAUGAUCUACAAAGAGGCUGCGUGCCGGAAAAUAAAUGCAUGGUAGAUGGGGACUGUAAAGAUUCUGAGAUAUGUUUCCAAGUUGCUAAAAACGUUCGUAAGUGUGUGGACUCGUGCAGUAAGUUGCAAUGUGGUCCAAACUCUCUAUGUAUAGGAGCUAACCACCAAGCUCAUUGUGUUUGUGCAGAAGGAUAUGUUGGCAAGCCUACUGAUGUGAAAACGGGUUGCCAUUUACUUGUCCAAGAACCUCACGAAAUGGAAUGUAACGAAAACAGCGAUUGUAACGAACCUCAAGUUUGCAUUUCAGUUGACGGCACUGCAAAGCAAUGUUUCGAUCUUUGCUCAACAAUAGCCUGUAGUGCUAACGAAAUUUGUCGAGUUAUAGACAACAACCCCGGCUGUGAAUGUAAAGAUGGUUUUCUUUGGAAUCCCGUCAAUUCUAUUUGUGAACAACCCUCAACUCCAAAUUGUGUUUCUGACGAUGACUGCGAUGAUAAUAAGUCUUGUCAAAAAGAUGUGCUUGGAGUUAACAAAUGUGAAGACAGCUGUCUGCUAUUUACUUGUCCACAAAAUUCAAAGUGUGUGACGAGAAAUCACAAAAGUAAAUGUGAAUGUUUGGGUGGAUUUGUCGGUAAUCCAAAUGAUCGUGAUGGAUGUAUAGCUAUCGACAAAAAUCAAUGCUCAGAUGAUGUACAGUGCAGAGAAAAUGAAGUAUGCAAACAUGUUGGUGAUGUUAAAAAAUGUAUAUCUGCAUGUCAACAAGUAAUAUGCGGCCCCAAUGCCAUUUGUGUUACCAACAAUCACAUUGCAAAAUGUCAGUGUCCAUCGGGUCCAUUUACCGGAAACCCAAAUGAUUUAGAAAAGGGAUGUCAGUCUGUACCUUGCAUUUAUAAUGCAGAUUGUUUGUCUCAUGAAUUAUGCAACCGUCUGACACAUACAUGCAUAAAUGCUUGUGGAGAGGAUUCAUGCGGUGAUAAUGCUGUUUGUAUUGCUGAAAACCAUAAAGAAACUUGUCAAUGUCCUAAUGGCUAUAAACCAGAUCCUAUACCAGAAGUUAACUGCCGAAAAAUUGAAGUUUGCAAUCCCAAUCCCUGCCAUUCUACUGCUAUAUGUGAGCCAAGACAUUCAUCAUACGUAUGUAGGUGCCCAACAGGUUUUGUCGAAGAUGGUCAAACUGGAGGUUGUAGAAAGCAAGAUGAAUGUACUAAGGGUGAUGAUGACUGUCCGCCGGCAACCGUAUGCAAUAACAAACGAUGUGUCAAUCCUUGCGAUGGUGCUUGUGGAAUUAACUCUUUAUGCAAAGUUGUCGACAGAAAAGCAAUUUGUGUUUGUCCUGAUGGCUAUGAAAUGAUUAAAGGCAAUGCCUGUAAGAAAAAGCUUUUGGUCUGCUCAAAUGAACAGGACUGCAAUGGUGAUGUUUGUUCCAGUGGCCAAUGUUUCACAGCUUGUAAAAAUUCCAGCCAAUGCGAUCCGGGAGAAACUUGUGCUAAACAAUUAUGUGUAACACAAUGCUCUAAACAUACCCAAUGUGGCAUAGGACAAGCCUGUGUAAGCGGACAAUGUCUUAUUGGCUGUAGAAGUCAUGAAGGCUGUCCUAGCGAAGAAGCUUGUGUUAACAACAAAUGUGUAAAUCCAUGCUCGUCCAGACCAUGUGGUCCAAAUGCAAUUUGUACCAAAAUAAAUCACAGUAUCAAAUGCGAAUGCCCUCUAGGAUUUCAAGGUACACCUAAUCCUCAACAGGGCUGUGUGAGAAAAUCAAGUUCGUGCUUGAGGACAUCAGAGUGUCCUCCAGAUCAUAUGUGCAUUGGACGCCUUUGUCAAGUUCCGUGCCAAGAUAAUUCUGGUUGUGCUAUUGGAGAAAAAUGCAGUGAUAGUAGAUGCCACAAAAUCUGUCAUUCAAGUAGCAACUGUUUACAUGGUGAACACUGCAGCGCUGGCAUAUGUAUUCCUGGGUGUAAAACCAAUUCUGACUGCUUGAAUAAUCAGUUGUGUGAGUCAGCUAAGUGUCAGUGCCUUCCUGGAUUUGAACUAACAGGCGACGAAUGUACAAAUGUAAAUGAAUGUGUUAAUAAUCCCUGUCAUCCAUCAGCACAGUGUGUCGAUACACCAGGUUCUUACAAAUGUGUUUGCUCAGUUGGUGCCAUCGGUGAUCCCUAUACAAGUGGUUGUUUAUUACCAAAUCAAUGCAGAAGUGAUAAUCAAUGCGAAGAUUCAUUGGCUUGCAUAAGAGGAAAAUGUUCUAAUCCUUGUCAAAUUAAGACUUGUGGCUUAAACGCAUUGUGUACUGUUGUAAAACAUAGAGUAGCUUGCACUUGUGAAAAAGGCUUUCUUGGGAAUCCAAUUGACAAAAAAAUCGGAUGUUUCAAGGUGGAAUGUAUAGAUGACUCUGGUUGUUCAAGCGAUAAAUUCUGCAAUACAAGAAAUAAUAAGUGUUCUGACAAAUGUGAAGAAACCUAUUGCCAAGGCGGAACAUGUACAAUAGAAGACCACAAAGCUUUAUGUACCUGUGAGACCGGGUUCGAUUUAGUAAACAAUGUUUGUCAAGAUAUAAAUGAAUGCUUGAGUAACCCAUGUCCUUUGAACGCGCACUGUGUGAACAAUCGUGGUUCCUAUAGUUGUACUUGUAUUAAUGGAACUGUAUUAGAUGCAAGCACCGGAAACUGUAGAUCUCCUGGUGAAUGUUUCUCUGAUGGAGACUGUUCAGACAAAACUAAAUGCUAUAAUAAUUACUGCAUCGAUCCUUGUGAAAAAUCUUCGCCAUGUGGUGAAAAUGCUGAGUGCAUAGUGUCCAAACAUGAACCUAUAUGUGAAUGUCCACCAGACAGUCAAGGUGAUCCUUACAAACAAUGUAUUAAAUUUGAAUGUAUCAAAGAUAGUGAUUGCCCGUCUGAGGAGGCCUGUGUUAACUACAAAUGUAAGAACGCAUGUAGUAUACCUCGUGCCUGCGGCAAAAAUGCAGACUGUCUUUCAAGAAAUCAUAUCGGGCACUGUUCAUGCUCAUCUGGUUAUACGGGAGAUCCUGUUCUUGGUUGUGUUCCUAUUCAAUACUGCACAAACGACAAUAGGUGCUCAUCAGGAACAAAGUGUGUUGACAAUUUAUGUGUUGGUAUAUGUCAAAAUUCAAGAGACUGCUUAAAUGACCAACUAUGUAUUCAAAAUACAUGUCGGGUCACUUGCAACUCGAACAGUACCUGCCCAGAUUUUCAAUUUUGCUUAAACAGAAUUUGUACAAAAGAAGUGCAGUGUUUAACAAACGAGGAUUGUGCUGAUGACGAACGUUGUACUGUGGGAAGAAAAGGUGUACCACAAUGCAUUAAAGUAUGUGAAAGGCAUCCAUGUGGAAGACAAGCAGUUUGUGUAGGUAAAAACCAUCAACCCACAUGUUCGUGUGCACCUGGUUUCUUCGGAGAUGCUCUCCAGGGAUGUAAAAGAAAAGAAUGCGAAAGUGACGCGCAAUGUACUGAUGAUAAACAAUGCCACCAAAAUAUGUGUAAAAUCGCGUGUUUAGUGGAAAAUACGUGUGGUGAUAAUACAAUCUGUUCUUCAGAGAAACAUAAACAUGUGUGUUACUGUCAACCCGGCUAUACAGGUGACCCUAAAAUUGGCUGCAUUAAAAUUAAUAGAUGCGCUUCUAAUCCAUGUGGCAAUGGUGCAGAGUGUAAAAAUCUAAGAGAUCGCGCUCUAUGCGUCUGCCCCGCUGGGUAUGUCGGAGACCCUUAUGAAGAAGGUUGUCGCAAAGCUCAAGAGUGCAGAUUCAAUAGAGAUUGUCCUCCUGUAGCUCGCUGUACGGUUGUCGACGGAAUUCGUAAAUGUACAGAUGCCUGCGAAACUACCAAAUGCGGAGCUAACGCUGAAUGUAUUGCUUCAAGACACAAUGGCCAGUGCAAAUGUAAGGACGGUUAUGUUGGUAAUGCAUCUAGCGAAAAAGGUUGUAAACUGAAGGAAGUCACAUGUAAACAAAGAAGUGAUUGUGGAGAAGACCAAUACUGCCACAAUGGUCUUUGCAAAAGUAUAUGUUUAGUGGAUGAAGAAUGUGGAUCAUCUGAAAAAUGUUUUAAUGGACAAUGUGUAAACCCUUGCCUAAUGGAAAAAGCUUGUGGAUUGAAUGCUUACUGCCGAAUUGACAAUCAUGUAGUUCAGUGUAGUUGCCCCCAGAGCUUCACAGGAAAUCAAGACGUGGAGUGUGUUAGAAUGCCGAGAUUGUGCGGAGCAGCAGGAGAAUGUGAAGAUGGUUAUAUGUGUCAAGAUUCCAUGUGUGUGCCCAAAUGUAAAGCCGAUGAAGAGUGUGCCUUGAAUGAAAGAUGUUCUAAAGGGACAUGCUUAUUAACAUGCCGCGUAGACAACGAUUGUUUCUUGGGACAUAUAUGUUUAGGAAACAGUUGUCAGUAUGGAUGUAGACACGAUGAAGAUUGUGGACCUGACGAAUUUUGCAAAAAUAAUAUCUGCCAAAAUCCUUGUGACAAUGAUGUUAAUCCUUGUGGUCCGAACGCAGCCUGCUCUGUAGUGGAACGAAAAGCUUCUUGUACAUGUCUUGAAGGUUUAAUACCUAAUCCAACACCUAACAUUGGAUGUGUGCGAGCUCCGUCGUUAUCUUGUCACAUGCACACUGACUGUGCUACCGGCUGGCGAUGUGAAGAUGAUCGCUGUCGUCCUGCCUGCACGCCAGAUGGCUCUCAAUGUCUUCAAGGCGAACGGUGUGUUGCUGGAGUUUGUCGAUACGCCUGUACCUUGGAUCAACAGUGUUCUGACGAAGAGAUCUGUAACGAACGCAUUUGCGUAACUGGUUGUCGAUCAAAUUCCGAUUGCCCAAGCCAGCUAGCUUGCUUAUCAGGACAAUGUAUGGAUCCUUGUACUGAACCCGCAACUUGCGGAGCUAAUGCCGCUUGUAUGAUGAAAGAUCAUCAACCGGUGUGUACAUGCCCACCGACUUUGUUCGGAGAUCCAAAAACUGUUUGCCGGAGAAAAAUAUCACCAUGCAAGGACAAUGAGAAUUGUCGUGACGGUUUCAAUUGCUAUGGAGGAACUUGUCAACCAUCUUGUAGAAGUGACAGCGUUUGUUUAUCCAAUGAAAAAUGUAUUCGUGGUAUAUGCAGAGUGGUAUGUAAUAGUAAUGAAGCCUGCAGCGAAGGUUACAUUUGCGAUGGUAGGAUUUGCAAGCAAGGCUGUCGAGACGAUAACCAAUGCGACAUUAACCAAGCAUGCUUAAAUGGGCAAUGCAAAGAUCCCUGUAGUCAAAACGCAGUGUGUGGAAUUUGUUCAGACUGUAAAGUUCAAAAUCAUCGCGCUCAGUGCAGUUGCUCCAGCAAUUACACCGGCAAUCCUCUUGUAGAGUGUAAAAGGAAAACAAUGCUGUGUGACGGCUUUUGUCCAUGUGAUGACAGUGGUUACUGCGUCUCACUUUGUGAAACCGAUUCCGAGUGUUCAUGCGGAGAGAAGUGUUACAAUGGAGCUUGUAGAUCUACAUGUACUGUACCAAAUAAAUGCCCAGAAAGACAAAUAUGCCAAGAAAAUGUUUGUAUUCCCGGAUGUAAUUACGAUGCUGAUUGUGGUGAUGACAUGUUAUGUUCUUCUAAACUUUGCGUGAAAGCUUGCCGAGAAGAUGUUUGCGGCGAGAAUGCCGCUUGUUUUGCCAUUAAACACCGCGCUGUAUGCAAGUGUCCCAGCGGAUACACCGGGGAUCCUAAAGAAGAAUGUAAACAAUACGAAUGUUCUAAUAAUGACGGCUGUGGUGCGGACGAGAAAUGUGAAGAUGGCAUGUGCAAAAAUGUAUGUACGGGGGCAUGUGGUCUCAAUGCUAUAUGCCGAGCAGUAGACGGUAAUCCUCAAUGUACUUGCCCACCAAAUUACAUUGGAAAUGCAAAGAUUGAGUGUUCUAAGCCACCAGCCGGCAGCUGCUUGCGAAACCCUUGUGGGGUGAGUGCACGGUGCCGUGACUUAGAGGAAGGCCAGUAUGAGUGCACGUGUCCACCGAACUGUGCAGGCAAUCCUCACAAACAAUGUUUCUGCGGCGCUAUGGAACCUUGUGCAUAUAAAUCAUGUGGCACUAAUGCUGAGUGUCAUAUCGGUGCACAUGGAGAAGCACAGUGCUUCUGUCCAAGAAACUAUCCUAACGGCGAUCCAAAUAUAGAAUGUGCCCAGGAACGCAGUGUUGUUGAUUGUAGAACGACUGGUUGUGGAAUUAAUGGAGAAUGCUUAAGAGAAGGCGCAGAAUUUGUAUGUCGUUGUAUUCCCGGAACAGAAGGACAAGCUGAUGUCGAAUGUCACACCAGUAUCGAAUGUACGAGCGACAAGGAUUGCCCAGUAGACAGAGCGUGUCUCAGCUUACACUGUGUGGACCCCUGCACAGUGCGAGGUGUAUGUGGAGAAGAUGCCCUGUGUGUGACCCUGAUGCACAAAGCGCAGUGCUCCUGCCCACAGUGCUAUGUCGGACAGCCGCGGGUUGCAUGCCGCCUCGACCCUACGUGCAAAUCCACACACGAAAACAAUACCACAUUCACAUGUUCUGAAGUUAAAUCUUGCCCUUCCAAACUGGCUUGUGAUCUCAGCACCAAUCAGUGCCGCAACCCAUGCCUCGGAUACCAAAACUGUAGACUAAAUCAGAAAUGUGAAGUACGAGAUCACCGACCCAUUUGUGUAUGUCGGAAUGGAUUUGCUUUGAAUGAAAGAGGAGAAUUGACUUGUGCACCAGAACAUGCAGAAUGUACAAGAGACGAACAGUGUCCAUCAAAUGCGGCCUGUCGUAAUUCCAAGUGUGUGAAUCCGUGCCAAGCAUCUGUUGAGCCAAUGUGCCCUAAAGGAAAGCAAUGUGAAGUAGUAGAUCAUCGCGCUAUGUGCGUGUGUGUUGAAGAAUGUAAUCCAUCACUAUCAAUUUGCUUGAGAGACAGCGGGUGCCCAAGUAACUUAGCAUGCAGAGAUUUCCAAUGUAAGGACCCAUGCAAAGGCGCUUGUGGUGGUGCUCCAUGUUCAGUAGAAGAUCACCACCCCGUUUGCAAGUUUUGUCCUAAAGGAUUCACACACGAUGAGAAACAUGGCUGCAUUAAAGCGACAGAGUGUGGCGGUCACGAGCACUGCGCUCCGACGCUGGCGUGUAUCGACGGCCGUUGUGGAGACCCGUGCGCUCGCGGCGGUCCUUGUCUCAAUGGCCAACACUGCUCCGUGCUCGAUCACCAACCUGUUUGCUCAAAGGUGUGUCAGUGCCAAACAUCGUCGGAUUGCGCGAGAUAUCCCAAUACCAUCUGUGACGGCUGUGCUUGUAUUCGAGAUGGAAAACCCCCAGCCACGAACUGUGCGCACUGUCGUCCAGGAGUACCUUGCGAUCCGUUCUCCGGCGCCUGCAUGGAAAAUGGAACUUAUGUCCCACUAACCGAAAACACUACUACACCAGGAGGAAGCAGUGACUCUGCCACUACUAUAGAUUCGACUACACCUACUGACAAUAUUCCACAGUUUACAAAUACCGAUAAGUUCCCUAAUAAAACCUCUAAUACUCUCAUGACCGAUUAUACAACUACUGACGAUACACUUACUGUUAGGAGCUUAAUAUCAACGACACUAACUGAAAGGCCGAAUUAUUCAACUGUUGAUGAUAAAGUAGGCGAAGAUUCUACUACACCAACAAGUACAUAUAAGAGUUUUGAAUCUACUGCUACGGAGUCUACAUGGGGCUCUAGUAUUUCUCAUGACGUAUCAAAUAGCGUACCUGGCGAUGGGAAAGAAUUACACAUAACAACAUACACUAAAACUUUUACAUCUGAUGAUAAUAUGACUCCAACCUCACAAACUGUGUCCGAUAAAGAUUUAGUGACCGUAAUUGGAAGCGAUAAUAUGAAUCAUUCUGCAAGUACUACAGAAAGUACGGUAACAGCUACAUUAGUUCACGACACUACAAAUCCUUCUGGUUUAGAUAAAGAUUUAGUCACAGUAGUUGGAACCGAUGAUAUGAAAUAUUCUGCAAGUACUACAGAAAGUACGGUAACAGCUACAUUAGUUCACGACACUACAAGUCCUUCUGGUUUAGAUAAAGAUUUAAUCACAGUAGUUGGAAGUGAUGGUAUGAAAUAUUCUGCAAGUACUACAGAAAGUACUGUAACAGCUACAUUAGUUCACGACACUACAAAUCCUUCUGGUUUAGAUAAAGAUUUAGUCACAGUAGUUGGAACCGAUGAUAUGAAAUAUUCUUCAAGUACUACAGAAAGUACUGUAACAGCUACAUUAGUUCACGACACUACAAGUCACUCUGUUUCCGAUAAAGAUUUAGUCACAGUAGUUGGAACCGAUGAUAUGAAAUAUUCUGCAAGUUCUACAGAAAGUACUGCAACAGCUACAUUAGUUCACGACAUUACAAGUCACUCUGUUUCCGAUAAAGAUUUAGUCACAGUAGUUGGAACCGAUGAUAUGAAAUAUUCUUCAAGUACUACAGAAAGUACUGUAACAGCUACAUUAGUUCACGACACUACAAAUCCUUCUGGUUUAGAUAAAGAUUUAGUCACAGUAGUUGGAACCGAUGAUAUGAAAUAUUCUGCAAGUACUACAGAAAGUACUGUAACAGCUACAUUAGUUCACGACACUACAAAUCCUUCUGGUUUAGAUAAAGAUUUAGUCACAGUAGUUGGAACCGAUGAUAUGAAAUAUUCUUCAAGUACUACAGAAAGUACUGUAACAGCUACAUUAGUUCACGACACUACAGGUCCCUCUGUUUCCGAUAAAGAUUCAGUCACAGUAGUUGGAACCGAUGAUAUGAAAUAUUCUGCAAGUACUACAGAAAGUACUGUAACAGCUACAAUCGUUCACGACACUACAAGUCACUCUGUUUCCGAUAAAGAUUUAGUCACAGUAGUUGGAACCGAUGAUAUGAAAUAUUCUACAAGUACUACAGAAAGUACUGUAACAGCUACAUUAGUUCACGACACUACAAGUCACUCUGUUUCCGAUAAAGAUUCGGUCACAGUAGUUGGAACCGAUGAUAUGAAAUAUUCUGCAAGUACUACAGAAAGUACUGUAACAGCUACAUUAGUUCACGACACUACAAAUCCUUCUGGUUUAGAUAAAGAUUUAGUCACAGUAGUUGGAACCGAUGAUAUUAAAUAUUCUUCAAGUACUACAGAAAGUGCUGUAACAGCUACAUUAGUUCAUGACACUACAAGUCCCUCUGUUUCCGAUAAAGAUUUAGUCACAGUAGUUGGAACCGAUGAUAUGAAAUAUUCUGCAAGUUCUACAGAAAGUACUGUAACAGCUACAUUAGUUCACGACAUUACAAGUCACUCUGUUUCCGAUAAAGAUUUAGUCACAGUAGUUGGAACCGAUGAUAUGAAAUAUUCUGCAAGUACUACAGAAAGUACUGUAACAGCUACAUUAGUUCACGACACUACAAGUCCCUCUGUUUCCGAUAAAGAUUCAGUCACAGUAGUUGGAACCGAUGAUAUGAAAUAUUCUGCAAGUACUACAGAAAGUACUGUAACAGCUACAUUAGUUCACGACACUACAAGUCACUCUGUUUCCGAUAAAGAUUUAGUCACAGUAGUUGGAACCGAUGAUAUGAAAUAUUCUUCAAGUACUACAGAAAGUACUGUAACAGCUACAUUAGUUCACGACACUACAAGUCACUCUGUUUCCGAUAAAGAUUUAGUCACAGUAGUUGGAACCGAUGAUAUGAAAUAUUCUGCAAGUACUACAGAAAGUACUGUAACAGCUACAUUAGUUCACGACACUACACGUCCUUCUGAUGUAGUAACCAACACAUUAUUUGCAAAAAGUAAUACAAACACUCACACGGGUAAUGGAGCAACUGAUAUUUCUACAGGUCACCAAGAUAAUGACUUCACAACGCAAAUGACCACACCUUAUACUAAUAUAGAAAAUUAUUCAUCAAUCGAUUCCGAUGUUCUUCUUCCGAGUAGUAGUACUAUUCAUGUUGAGAGUACAAUGAAACCAGUUACGGAAAAGAUUAUUGAUGGCAAUCAUUCGUCGAUUGCACCGAUUGAAAAUAAAAAUACAAAAACUCCCACAAAUCAACGUAAGAUGAAUAGUAACUACACAGGCAUAACAUUAAUUGAAGACCUACCUAGAGAAAAUUUAUCCACAUCAACUUUAUCUAACAUCUACGAUUUAAAAAAACAUACUUCUGAAACUAGUACUGAAUAUAAAACGACUUUGCCAGUUGACGCUGGAAUAUAUAGUACAAAGUCUGAAAUUAUUAAUGAUACCAGCACUACAACUUUAAGAGCAAUAUAUGAAAAUAAUGAUAAAAAUCUUAACUCUACCACAUCCGAAAUAACGGCAUCAACUUUGGUAGUAACUGAAAGUACAAUAGAUAUUAGUAGAACACAGUCAGUGUCCACUUUAAGCUCAUCUGAAAAUAUUAGCCAAGUUACAGAAAAAAAUACUUUACCGGUAGAAAUUGUAACCAGGCCAUCUGUUACUACCUUUGUAACUAGUUCUGAAAUUGUCGACGGUCAACGUGAAACGUCAGAUAUUACAACAGCUGUAACAAAUACUGAAGUUCUGAAUACAUCUGAGUACAUGGGUUCCAAAGAGACAGAAUAUACACCUAAUCCUACUCGAGAAACUACGCCUACUGAGAAAAACACGAUAAAUAACAUGGACUCAAUAACGGCGGACACAGAAAGAACUACACUUGAAACUGAUGCUACAUUCGAUAUAAAUUUACUAAAAUCAACAACAGAAGCGACAACGUCAGAUAAGCUCACUAAACCUACUUCGGAUGCCUUUGAUUCGACUAAGCCUGAAAUUGUUACUAUGACUGAGUCAACUCUGACUGAUAAGGAUGACACUCUUGAUCCUACCAUGAGAAAAUCUACUGUUUCGCUCAUUGAAGGUUUAACUUCGCAGUUAGAAGACCACACACCUACUUUGCAAACUACAGAAACACAAACAGUUGGAAAUAAACUUUUUACUUUAACGGAAACACCAUAUUAUGUAGCGACUGAGGUUAUUGAAGUCGAAAAUAAGUCUGUCUCGGCAUACGUAACAUCUAGUGUACCAACUAUAACUAAAAAUGUAGGAACUGAAAAAGAAUUAGCAGCAGUUACUACUGAAACUGCCAUAAAUCCUAAAUACACGACAGAGACAACGGAAACUGAUUUUACUCAAAUGGAAAGUACUGCUGCUAAUAAAAUCAUAACCAACGAAGGUGAAAAUAUGUCAAUUCAUACAACAGCAGAAACUACAACUACUGAAGUGAUAAAUCAAUUUCCCAUAAAACAUACUUCUGUGACAAGCAUGGACCCAGUAACGGUAACAAUUGCAAAGGAUGGAUCUGUCCCAUCAGAAACGAAUACAUUUAAUAAAGGAUUUACUCAAAUGACUGAUACUGAAUUGUAUACAACUGAAAGAGUAAAACCAAAUGAUAGCGCAGAUAUAAUGACUACAAGUAAUCUAAAUGAGUUUGUUUCUUCCUCUACAUCUGAAAUUACUAUUACUACAGAAAAUCCAAGCCCACGAAAUACAGUUACAGAUGGAUCAACUGAAACUAAAAUACGCACGACAAAUAAUAAAAAUGUUGAAACUACUGUCACCAUGGAAACUUCAAGCCUACAAGAAACAGUAACUGUUGGAUUGGGAGGCUCAACUGAAUUUGAAACACACACAAUGACUAACAAGAACUUUGAAACUACUGUCACUAUGGAAACUCCAAGUUCACGAGAAACAGUAACUGAUGGAUUGAGAGGAUCAACAGAAUCCGGAAUAAGUACAAUGAUAAAUAAGAACUCUGAAACUACCAUUGGCAUGGAAACUACUGGCUCACGAGAAACAGUGAUUGCUGAAAUGGAUGGGUCACCUGAAACCAAAAUACGCACAACAACUGAUAGGAAUUUUGAAACUACGGUGGCCAUGGAAACUCCAUAUCCACAAGAAACAGUUACUGCAGGAUUAAAUGGAUCAACUGAAUUUGAAAUAAGUACAAGUACUAACAAGGACUUUGGAACCACUGUUUCUAUCGAAACUACAAGCUCACGAGAAACAAGUACUGAAGGUUUUACUGAAUCAACCGAAUUUAAAAUAGGUACUAUGACUAAUAAGAAUUUUGAAAGUACUGUUACCACGGAAACUGCUAGCUCACGAGAAACUGUUGUUGAUGAAUUGGGUGGGUCAAUUGAACCUAAAAUACAAACAACAACGUAUAAGAAUUUUGAAAAUACUGCAACUAUGGAAACUUUGGGACCACAAAAUACAGUAACUGGUAGAUUGGAUGGAUCAACUAAAUCCAAAAUACAUACAACAACUAAUAGGAAUUUUGAAACUACGGUCCCUAUGGAAACUCCGAGUCCACGAGAAACAGUUACUGAAGGAUUACAUGGAUCAACUGUAUUUGAAAUAAGUACAAUUACUAACAAGGACUUUGAAACUACUGUUUCUAUGGAAACUAUCAGCUCACGAGAAACAGUAACUGAAGGCUUUACUGAAUCGACAGAAUUUAAAAUAAGUUCUAUGACUAAUAAGAAUUUUGAAAGUACUGUUACUACGGAAACUGCUAGCUCAAAAGGAACAGUAAUUGAUGACUUGGAUAGGUCAUUGGAACCUAAAAUACAAACAACAACUAAUAGGAAUUUUGAAACUACUGUCACUACGGAUUCAUCAAGCCCACAAAAAACAGUAACUGAAAAUACAAGCCCACGAAAUAUAGUAACAAAUGGAUUGGAUGGAUUAACCGAAUCUAAAAUACACUCAACAACCAAUAGGAAUUUUGAAACUACUGUGACUAUGGAAACUCUGAACCUACAAGAAACAAUAACUGAAGGAUUUACUAAACCAACAGAAUUUAAAAUAGGGACAACGACUAAGGAGAUUUCUGAAACUACUGUUACCACUGAAACUACAACCCCACAAUAUACAGUAACAAACGAAAUGAUUAAAUCAACUGACUCUAAAACUCAUACAACAACAAAUUAUAAUUUAGUGGAUACCACAAUCACUGUGCCUGAUCUGAACUCACAUUAUACAGUAACAGAUAGGAUGAUUGAAUCAACAGAAGUAAUGAUAGAUGCGACAACUCACAAGAAUAUGGACAGUAUGGAUGAAACUACUAGUACUCAAAAUACCCAAGAAAUUAUAACAGACACGGUGACUAAAUCAACUGAUUUUAAAUUAGGUACCACAAGUAACGAUAACUUGACUGAAAGUACAGUCCCUGUAGUAACUCCAAGCAUAUACGAAAUAUUGACAGACACGGUAACUUCAACUGAAAUAAAUACAGAUACCACUACAACAAUAACUAACAUUUUGGUAUCAAAUACAGGAACGUUAGACACUGAAACUACACAAAAUAUUGUAAUAAAUGGUUUGACUGAAUCAACAAGUACAGACAGAGUGAGCACAACAACUAAUGAGUAUUUAGUUAAGAACACUGUUUCUGUACAAACUUUUAGCCCACAAGAUAUGGUUCUAGAUAAUGUAACUGGAUCUGUUGAUAUUAAAAUGGAUACAACAACGAGUAAGAGCUUAGAUAAAAAUUUCGUGACCAUGGAAACUUCUGACACUCAAACUACUCAAACAGAAGUAACCAAAGAAUGGAAUAAAUCAAAUAAACCAAAUAUUGAUUCUACAACGAACAGUAAUUUAAUUACAGAUACUAUACCAUUGGAUACUCAAAGUACCCAAAGUAUAGUGACUGAUGGAUUGAAUCUAUCAACUGAAUUAAAUAAAGAAAUGAGCAAGGAAACAGAAAAGAUAACAAUAAAUAAUAAUUUAGAAACUAGUACACCCUCUUUAGCCACAAGCAGUACACAAAAAACGGAAGAAAUAGAUUUAGACUCAUCCACGACUAGAAAUUGGAAUCUUGUUACUAAUACUUUGUCAUUUACUUCUGGUAAUAGAGAAAUGGUCACAGAAAACACAGAUGAAAUGUUUGAUUCAACUCAAAUAGUAACUAAAAGUCCAGAUAUUGUUACAACUAUAAAAAGUGAUGAUUUUACCACAACAGAGUCUACGAUCAAUAAUGUGAAAUCAACAUCAGAGGCAAAUCAUGUUAUUGAAUAUACAACUUCUACAGACCUAAACAAAGAAUUUGUACAUAGUACCACCAAAGAAAAUACUGAAAUUAUCAGUGGAAUACCUAGUACCACAGACACUUCUUACACAAACACCCAUACGCUGUCAGAAACUGUUAGUACAUUACACACUGAAAUGUCUACUGAUUUAGAUACAACGACCUCGGACAAUAGUUUUGAAACUGUUACUGAAUCAGAAAAUACAACGGAUUUUACCACCACAUCUUCGUAUUUAACAAAUAACACAAGCACGUUGACGUUUGGAAGAGAUGAAGUUUCAAAUAAAACCAAUUUAGAGACAGAAACUUAUUUGACGAGCACUAUUAGUAAUACUGAUAACAUAAACAUUGAUAACAUUCCAACCGAAACUACAUAUAUAACAACUGUUAGGAACAGAGAAUUAUCCGAAUCUACUACAGAAAUCAUUGGUAAAACACUGCCUGAAAGUGUAACAAACCGCUUAGAACCUAAUACAUAUACCCCUAAACCAUUUGAUUCUACCAACGUUAUUGAAGAUACGACAACAACGCUUAGCCAUGGUAUUCCGAUAACUUUACCACAAGAGUUAGUCACACGAUAUUCUGAUGAUAUCACUAGUACGACAAGUAGCUUAAUUACAUCACCAUUAGUUACAAAUGAUAUUGAAAUUUCUUCUGAAGCGGUAACAACUAAAAGCGAUAUAAUUAUAACGACACCAUCUUCCACACUUACCGAUAAAACCACACUAACACUAGGUAAAGAAGACACAACCGCAAUAUUUACCACUGAACAAAACAUUACUGACAUUAAACAAAAUAAUAGUAUGUUUAGCGAAUCGGUCACUAAAGUGAUGCGUGAUAACGAUUCUUCAAAUACUCGAUCCACGGAUAUUUACACUACAUCUAAAGUACAACAUACGUCGACAGGAAUUAUAAGUACAUCUACCGAGAGUUUAUCAUCUCGUAGAAAAAUUGUUGAUAUUCCUGCUUGGACUGACACAACUUUUGUAACUGACAUGACUUCGACUGAGACCACUGUACAAAGCACUGACUUACAUAUUAACACCUGUAAAACAAACACGAAUUGCCCGACGAAUAAAGCCUGCCUUAACGAAGUGUGCCAGAAUCCAUGUGAAAUAGAUGGCAAUGGUUGUACAAAGAACGAAUCAUGUAUAGUCGUGGGCCAUGCCGCCGUUUGUGUGUGUGACGACGUCACUGGGAUCCACUGCUCACGCAAAGAAUCACCUGGAACACCCAAGGUACCAGAACCUUGUCACUCUGAUCGGGACUGUAUAGAGACCGAAGCCUGUUUUAUGGGAUUGUGUCAAAAUCCCUGUGAGUUCGACAACGUAUGUGGCAUAGGAGCCAAUUGCCAACCAGUAAAACAAAGGCCUAUGUGCUCGUGCCCUGCUGGACAUGAUGGAGAUCCUGCUGUUAAAUGUUCACCUAAAAUAUUUGGUUGCACUCGAAAUGAAGACUGCCCCUUGACACAAGCUUGUAUAAAUAAUGCAUGUCAACACCCAUGUGUCAUACACAAUCCGUGCGUACCGAAUGCGGUCUGUAUAAACACAAACCAUGGAUCAGACUGUAGCUGCGUCGAAGGAUACCAAGGAAAUGGCUACGUCGGAUGUGUACCAGUAAUACCAUCUGGUUCAGUAUGUCAAUAUAAUGAAGACUGUCCUCCAGAACUGCUAUGUGACAAGUUAAACAGAAUUUGCAUUAGCCCCUGUGCUGUAAAUACGUGUGGAGAGAACGCAGAAUGUUUCCCAGAAAAUCAUGGUAUACAAUGCAAAUGCUCUGCUGGUUUUACUGGAAAUCCUUUCUUAGAAUGUUUCCAAGUACAAGGAUGCCGUUCAGAUAACGAGUGUCCAAAUUCUGAAGCCUGCAUAAACGGCAAAUGUGGGUCUCCAUGUCGAUGUGGAAUUAACGCAGUGUGUGACGUAUUGAAUCACCGUGCUUCAUGUAAAUGCCUACCAGGUUAUACUGGAAAUCCACAACAUGGAUGUGAGCCACCUACAAAUCCAUGUAUUCCAAACCCUUGCGGAACUAAUGCAAUGUGUGAAAUUGAUAACGGCAAUCCAAUUUGUUUCUGUCCUAAGGGAUUAACAGGAAAUCCUUUCAAAAAUUGCAUACCUGAAGGAAAUGAGUGUGAACCAAAUCCUUGCGGCCCGUAUUCUGGAUGCAGGUUAAUCGAUAAUAAACCUGCUUGUUUCUGUUUACCCAACUAUGAAGGAGAUCCUCCUCGUCAACAAUGUCGCUUACCAAAUAAUCCAUGCAAUCCGUCUCCCUGUGGACCCAACACACAAUGCACAACACAAUCUAAUGGAUUUGCAAAAUGCACAUGUUUACCAGGUUACAUCGAAAGUCCCAAUACAAUUAGAGGAUGUGUGGAAUCACGAAAUCCUUGUGAACCAAAUACUUGUGGUAUCGGAGCACGAUGCGACCCGAACCGAUCUCCACCGUGUUACUGCCCCGAAAACGCUAUAGGCAACCCGUAUAAAUCAUGCAGCACACAAGGUUACCUGCCCCCUGACGUGCUUUGUCGACCAGGCCCAUGUGGUCCAAAUGCAGAUUGUUACGUUAGUGGCAAUAUGGAGAUGUGCUUCUGUAAGACUGGAUUUACUGGAGAUCCUCAUGUUGGCUGUCAACCUCAAAGAAGUCCUUGUAUACCUAACCCUUGUGGGCCUCAAGCCAUCUGUCAAGCUAACUUCGAAGGACAAGCAUUGUGCACUUGUCCUGAAGGCAGUAUGGGUGAUGCUUACGGAGUUGAUGGUUGUCAUUCUCGAGAAUGUGAAGUAGAUGAUGAAUGUAAACUUGACCGAGCUUGUAUUGGAUAUAUGUGUCGUGACCCAUGUCCAGGUGCCUGUGGAAAUAAUGCUGAAUGUCGAGUAGAAUCUCAUAGACCAGUUUGUGUAUGUGCAAAUGGAUUUGUCGGCAAUCCUUUAAUGAGUUGUCUGCCACCUGAAGAACAAAAAUCGAAUCCUAAAAGACCUUGUAACAAGAUAAGAUGUGGUAUAAACGCAAUUUGCCAAGACGUUGGUGAUAAAGCUCUAUGCUCUUGUCCUCCUGAUUUCCUUGGAGAUCCAACAGUAGAAUGUAAACCUCAGUGUACUAUGAAUUCGGAUUGUCCAUCUAAUGAAGCUUGUAUAAAUCAAAAGUGUAUAGAUCCAUGCUCAUUCAACAACGUGUGUGGUAUACAUGCAGUAUGUUUGUGUUCCGAACACACGGUGUCCUGCCUGUGCCCAGAUGGAUAUAUCGGAGAUCCUUUGACUCAAUGUCUUUAUCGACCAAUAAUUAUUGGAUCAGAUAAUACGACUGUUCAACCAUGCUCGCCUAAUCCUUGCGAUCCUACCGCUCCGUGUGAUACUUAUGGAAAUCAAUUUGCGAUUUGCGACACUUGUGUUGGACCAAAUGCAGUUAAUAAUCCAGCAUGUAGACCAGAAUGCUUAUUUAAUUCAGAGUGUCCCUUUAAUAAGGCUUGUUUGAGAAAUAAAUGCGUAGAUCCCUGCCCAGGCUCAUGCGGAAUUAAUGCAUUGUGUUCAGUUUACCAUCAUGAUCCAAUAUGUCACUGCAAGGAAGGCUUCGAAGGAAAUCCUUAUGAACAUUGCAAACCAACAACAAAUCCUGUUUUAGUCGAAACGUGCAACAAUGUAAGAUGUGGUGCUAAUGCUAUUUGUGAAGAUAAAAAUGGUGCGCAAACUUGUAAAUGUUUGCCCAACUUUUAUGGAAAUCCUUAUAUGUCAUGCCGUCCUGAAUGUGUCGUCAAUAGCGAUUGCCCACCAGAGUUGGCCUGCUUGAAUAAUAAGUGCGAAAACCCUUGUACCGACAUAUGUGGUAUUGGUGCGUUGUGUACAACUGUCAACCAUCACGCGGUAUGUUAUUGUGAAGCAGGCAAUACCGGAGACCCUUAUGUGAGAUGCCAACCAAUCGUGUCAUUGCCACCUGCAGUGUCUACGUGUGACCCAUCACCUUGUGGACCAUACAGUCGGUGCCUUGUAUCGCCUUCAGGAUUUGCAGUGUGCUCGUGCUUACCAGGCCAUAGAGGAGUAGCUCCAAUGUGCCAACCUGGGUGUGUCAGUAAAUCUGAUUGUCCUCAAAUGGAGACUUGUGUAAAUCAACGGUGUAUUAAUCCUUGCCAGGGCAGCUGUGGUGUUAAUGCCGAAUGUGUUGUAGUAAACCAUAACCCAAUAUGUAGUUGUAGGCCAGGGAAAACAGGAGAUCCGUUUGUAGCUUGUGUUGAUGUCGACGAACACGGCCCUGUGUACAAAAACCCUUGUGUACCAUCACCAUGUGGCCCCAAUUCUGUAUGUGAAAUUAAAUCGAACCAUCCAGUGUGCUCAUGUCAUCCAAAUUAUUCAGGCACACCUCCAUAUUGUAGACCAGUAUGUGUUAUAAAUCAAGAAUGCCCAACUAACAAAGCAUGCAUCGAUGAAAAAUGUCUCGACCCAUGUGUUGGUGCCUGUGGCUACAAUGCCAGAUGUAACGUAGUAAACCACACACCACAUUGUAGUUGUCUUGAAGGAUAUAGAGGUGAUGCGUUUAUGGGUUGUGUUAGAAUUGCAAAAGAUGAAUCACGCACACCAUGUAAUCCGUCACCUUGUGGAGACAAUACUGUGUGCACAGUUGUGAACAAUGUAGCACGUUGCUCAUGUAUACCUCCUAACAUUGGUAAUCCGUACGCAGGAGGCUGCCGACCAGAAUGUACUAUAAACUCUGAUUGCCCGAACCAUUUAGCAUGCCUAUCAAACCACUGUAGAGAUCCAUGCAAAGACUUAUGUGGCGUAAACGCUGAAUGUUCUGUCACUAAUCAUGCUCCAGUAUGCACAUGUUUCAAUGGGUAUGAAGGCAAUCCGUACUCUUCAUGUCGUCAGAAACCGAAAGCACCAUUACCCUUCAAGCCCUGUGAGCCAUCGCCGUGUGGUGCAAACAGUGAAUGUCAUGUAGUGAAUGACCGCGCCGCAUGUUCAUGCCGCGCUGGUUUCUUGGGUGCACCACCAGCCUGCCGUCCUGAGUGUGCAGUCAACUCUGAUUGUCCUACAAACAAAGCUUGCAUCAAUCACAAGUGCAAGGAUCCAUGUCUUCAUAGUUGCGGUUUAGAUGCCCGAUGUCACGUGGUUGGACAUAAUCCAAUUUGUACUUGCCCAGAACAUCUACCGGAAGGUGACCCAUUCAUCAGAUGUUACAGGAAAACUAUUAUAGACCCAGCUCCGGACCCAUGUCUACCGUCGCCAUGCGGCCCACAUUCCUCCUGCCGCAAUGAAGCCGGCCGUGCGGUUUGCUCUUGCGAACCAGGCACGCUGGGAGCGCCGCCAUCUUGUCGUCCACAAUGUGUUAUAAACCAGGACUGCCCGCUGGCGCUUGCUUGCCUAGCUGGCAGCUGCGUGAACCCAUGCGUCGGCUCCUGUGGUUUUAAUGCGCGAUGCAUCGUGCAAAAUCACGAACCUGUAUGUUCAUGUGACGACGGGUUUUCUGGUGAUCCGUUUGCUGGUUGCAAUCCUGUUGAAGCUUCGAAAGAUGUACCUCAUCAACCUUGCAAUCCAUCACCUUGUGGACCUAAUGCCAUUUGUCGAGAGAGGAAUGGUGCUGGUUCUUGUACAUGUGUAGAUGAAUUUUAUGGUGAUCCGUAUCGUGGCUGUCGUCCAGAAUGCGUCAUGAACACUGACUGUCCUAGAGACAGGUCUUGUUUCAAUAAUAAAUGCGUGGACCCGUGCUCUGGCGCUUGUGGACAAAAUACCGAAUGUAGAGUCGCAAACCAUGCACCUUCAUGUUACUGCUUACCUGGAUAUAGAGGAAAUCCUCUUCAUGCAUGUACUCCUGUCUCAUCUUUACCGGAACCUGUGGAUCCAUGCAACCCAACACCAUGUGGGCCGUACAGUAAAUGUCGCGUAUUUAAUGGACAUGCUGUUUGUACAUGUCUUGAUCUGUGCGUUGGCUCUCCGCCAAAUUGUAGGCCUGAAUGUAUCGUUAGUUCCGAUUGUCGACCGGAUAAAGCAUGUAUUAAUCAAAAAUGCCAAGACCCGUGUCCUGGUAUGUGUGGUAUUGACGCCCAAUGUCAAGUAGUUAACCACAACCCUAUAUGCAGCUGUUUUAAUGGUUAUACCGGUGAUCCUUUCAUUAGAUGUUUCUUUGAUGACAAACAAAUGGAGCCAAUAAAUAACUGUUUACCAAAUCCGUGUGGUCCACAUUCUCAAUGCAAAGACAUUAAUGGACUGGCAGUUUGUUCGUGUUUAGAAAACUAUAUUGGACGUCCCCCUAAUUGUAGGCCUGAAUGCAUGAUAAACGUUGAAUGUCCAGGCAACUUAGCCUGCAUUUCUGAAAGAUGUAGUGACCCUUGUCCGGGAUCAUGUGGAUACCACGCGACUUGCGCUGUUAUUAAACACGUCCCAGUAUGUUUUUGUGACCAAGGGUACACUGGAGAUCCAUUUUCUGGCUGUUCUCCUAUUCCAUCUAUUGAACCUCAAGUCGAAAGUCCAUGCUCACGAUCACCAUGUGGCGCAAAUGCUAUAUGCAAAGAAAGACAAGGAAUCGGUUCAUGUACUUGCCUUCCUGAUUACUUUGGAGACCCAUAUGUGGAAUGUCGUCCUGAAUGUGUCUUAAACUCAGACUGUCCAAAAGACAGAGCUUGCGUUAACAAUAAAUGUAAAGACCCCUGUCCUGGAGUAUGUGGAAUGAACGCUGAAUGUCGCACAAACAAUCAUGCGCCGUCUUGCGCUUGUUUGCCUGGUUACGAAGGAAAUCCAUUUACGUCUUGUUAUAUCCGCCCAAUUGAAACACCAAUUGAUCCGUGCUCGCCCUCGCCUUGUGGACCAUAUAGUAUAUGUCGCAUUACUAGUGGUCACGCUAUAUGCUCAUGUCAAGAGCAAUAUUUCGGUACACCGCCUUUCUGUCGCCCGGAAUGCAUGGUUAGCAGUGAAUGUAUGCCGAACAAAGCAUGCAUCAAUCAGAAAUGUGUUGAUCCCUGUAUCGGAGCGUGUGGGAACAGUGCUAAAUGUACAGUAGUCAACCACAAUGCAUUAUGUAGUUGCCCACCAAAUUAUACUGGAGAUCCAUUCGUACAUUGCUUCUUUGAAAAACGGCCAGAAUCUAGGCCUUCUGGAAAUCCUUGCAUACCGUCGCCAUGUGGACCUAAUUCACAAUGCCGGGUAAUUGGCGAGACUCCGGCUUGCUCUUGUCAACCAGGUUACAUAGGAAGAGCACCCAAUUGUCGUCCUGAAUGUAUAUACGACGAAGAAUGUCCAAGUAACUUAGCUUGCAUCCGUGAAAAGUGUGUUAAUCCCUGCCAAGGAUCUUGUGGCUCAAACGCAGAAUGUGUUGUAAUAAACCAUAAAGCUGUUUGCCAUUGUCGUGAAAGCUAUACUGGUGAUCCAUUUAGUGGUUGUUACUUUAUUGUCACAGUACCAAGUGAAGAUGAAACGAAUCCAUGUAAUCCAUCUCCGUGUGGUCCGAACGCUAUAUGCACAGAAAAGAAUUCGGUUGGAGCCUGUACAUGUGCGCCGGGAUACUUUGGUGAUCCAUAUUUGGGUUGUCGUCCUGAAUGUGUCACAAACAACGACUGUCCUUUUGACAAAGCAUGUUCCAAUAAUAAAUGUGUAGAUAUAUGCCAAGGCGCGUGUGGUCUUAAUGCACAGUGUACUGUUGCGCAUCAUACACCAGUAUGUCUGUGUAUUGAUGGUUAUGAAGGAAAUCCAGUCGUAUCAUGUCAUCCAGAAAGAAAACCACCUAUCGCGGAUGUAAACCCCUGUGUUCCAACGCCUUGUGGACCUUACAGCAAUUGUAAAGUUGUGAAUGACCACGGAGUAUGUUCUUGCCGGGAAGGGUAUGUGGGUACACCACCAACUUGUAGACCAGAAUGCGUUAUAAGCACGGAUUGUCCUCAACAUCAAGCUUGCAUUAAACAAAAAUGUCGAGACCCAUGCCCAGGAACUUGCGGUGUCAACGCAAGAUGCCAAGUGAUAAACCAUAAUCCGAUAUGCACUUGUAACGCUGGAUUUACUGGCGAUCCGUUCGUAACUUGCCAGUUGGAACAAAAACAUAUCGUAGAUAAAGGAAAUCCAUGUGUUCCAUCACCAUGCGGUCCAUAUUCUCAGUGUAAAGUAGUUGGCGAAGCGCCUGCAUGUUCAUGCUUGCCGAAUUAUAUUGGUGUAGCACCAAAUUGUAGACCUGAAUGUUCUAUAAACGCGGAAUGCCCUGGUAAUCUUGCAUGCCAAAAUGAGAAAUGUGUGGAUCCAUGUCCUGGCUCUUGUGGUUUUAAUGCGGAAUGUUCUGUAGCCAAUCAUGUCGCACUAUGUAGCUGUUUGUUGGGAUAUACAGGUGAUCCUUUCAGUGGCUGUUCACCGUUCGAACAACAUUCAGAGCCACCGCCAAAUCCUUGCAGCCCGUCACCCUGUGGCGCUAACGCGUUAUGUAAAGAAAGAAAUGGAGUGGGUUCCUGUUCAUGCUUGCCGGAAUACUUUGGUGAUCCUUACACAGGAUGUCGACCCGAAUGUGUUUCAAAUUCAGACUGUGAUCGCAACAAGGCCUGUUCAAAUAAUCGGUGCAUAGAUCCUUGUCCUGGAGCUUGCGGCAUUAACGCUGAAUGUCGUACUGUCAACCAUUCUCCAACAUGCACGUGCCUUACUGGUUACAACGGCAACCCAUUAGUUAGAUGCGAACUUGUUCCAGAACAUCCGAUUACCUCAGUGGACCCUUGUCAACCAUCACCUUGUGGGCCGAACAGCUUAUGUCGGGUGAUAAACGGUCACAGUGUAUGUACCUGUGAGAGUGACUACAUUGGCACACCACCUGCCUGCCGACCCGAGUGUAUUGUCAGUUCGGAAUGUCCACAAGAUAAGGCCUGUAUUAAAAAGAAGUGCAAGGAUCCAUGCCAGAACACUUGCGGCGUCAACGCAAGAUGCCAAGUAAUAACACACAAUCCGAUUUGUACUUGUAGUCCCGGAUACACUGGAGAUCCAUUUACACAGUGCAUUGAGAUAGCGCGUGACGUUCCCCCCACCACUAACCCAUGUGAACCUUCUCCAUGUGGACCUAAUUCGGAAUGUCGUGUUAUUGGAGAUCAGGCUGCAUGUUCUUGUUUACCAAACUACAUUGGCAGGGUGCCGAACUGUAGACCGGAAUGUACUAUCGAUCCAGAAUGUCCUAGUAACACAGCUUGUAUAAAAGAACGUUGUAAGGACCCUUGCCAAGGGGCGUGUGGUGUAAACGCUCUUUGUUUGACUAUUAAUCACAAACCAGUAUGCUCUUGUCAACAAGGAUUUACUGGUGAUGCUGGAAAGAAUUGUAUUCAAAUUGUUAUAUCAUCAACUGAAAUGACUCCAACAUCAAGUCCAUGCACGCCUUCUCCAUGCGGUCCUAAUGCAGAAUGCCGUGAAUACAAUGGAGCUGGUGCCUGUGUGUGUUCGGAAGGUUACGAGGGUGACCCGUACAGCACGCAGGGAUGCAGAAGGGAAUGCGAGAGCAAUGAUGAUUGUGCACCAAGCUUAGCAUGUACUCGAUUUAAAUGUAUCGAUCCCUGCCCAAGAACAUGCGGGCAAAUGGCACAAUGUACAGUGGAAAAUCAUAUUCCUGUUUGUACUUGCCCUAGAGGAUAUACUGGUGAUCCAUUCUUCCAGUGCAAAGAAAUUACUUUACCUCCUACUCCACCACAAAAUCCAUGUGAACCUACACCUUGUGGACCAAACAGCCAGUGCAGACAAGUAAACAUGCAAGCGGUAUGCUCAUGUUUGCCGAAUUACAUCGGUUCACCUCCAGCUUGCCGUCCACGGUGUAUUGUUAACAGUGAAUGUGAUCCCUCAAAGGCUUGUAUCAAUCAAAAAUGUGAUGACCCUUGUCCGCAUUCUUGUGGAUUGAGAGCUCAUUGCAUUGUAAAGAACCAUAGUCCUAUAUGUACAUGUCCGUUGGGUAUGACUGGCGAUCCUUUCACACAGUGCUACGCAAUUCCACCGACAACUGAAAGGCCUCCAUCUUGUACUCCAUCGCCGUGUGGUCCUCACUCACGUUGUCAACUGUUAGCAAGCGGACCAGCAUGUUCGUGUCUUCCUGGUUACGUGGGCUCACCGCCGGCUUGUCGGCCAGAAUGUACAAUUAACACCGAGUGCCCGGCUUCCCUUGCAUGCGUCCGACAAAAAUGUGAAGACCCGUGUCCGGGCUCGUGUGGAGUAGAUGCGUCAUGUCACGUAUUAAACCAUGUAGCCGUGUGUGUAUGUAAUGAAGGUUUUACUGGUGAUCCGUUUGCAAGAUGUCUGCGUAUUGUUGAAGAUUCGACACGUCCACCGGCUCCUACAGACCCAUGCAACCCAUCUCCAUGUGGUGCUAAUGCUGUAUGCGACAAUGGAUUCUGUACUUGUCUACCAGAUUACAGUGGAAAUCCUUACGAAAGUUGCCGACCAGAGUGCACUGGAAGCCAAGAAUGUCCCCGAGAUAAAGCCUGUUUCAGAAAUAAAUGCCGUGAUCCUUGUCCAGGCACAUGUGGACAAAAUGCUAAAUGUGAUGUUAUUAACCAUAUACCAACGUGUUCAUGUAUGACAGAAUAUACUGGCAACCCAUUCACUCACUGUCGUCGAAUGGAACAAGAUAAAACAAGACCAAGGGAUCCCUGUCAUCCUUCCCCUUGUGGACCCAACAGUAUUUGUAAGAAUGUCGAUAAUGCGGCAAUUUGUGCUUGCCUCGAAGGGUUCCAAGGAUCACCACCAACUUGUCGGCCAGAAUGUGUGGUCAGCUCUGAAUGUCCAUCAACUAAAGCAUGCGUAAAUCAAAAGUGCAUCAAUCCUUGUAUAAACGCUUGUGGAGUAUCAGCACGUUGUGAAGUAAUAAAUCAUAGUCCAAUUUGUAGCUGUAACUCAGGGCAAACUGGUGAUCCAUUUAAGAGUUGUUACGAUAUAGUCAUUUCACCAUCUCCGCCAGUAGAUGCAUGCAAUCCAUCUCCAUGUGGACCUAAUUCACAAUGUAUGGAAAGAAACGGAAAGGCUAAUUGUAGAUGUAUUGAAAACUACAUCGGACAGCCACCAAAUUGUAGACCGGAAUGUGUCAUUAAUCCAGAUUGCCCUUCAAAUCAAGCAUGCAUUAAGAAUAAAUGCGUAGAUCCAUGCCCUGGUUCAUGUGGAAUAAAUGCUGACUGUAUCGUGGUGAGCCAUACUGUUUCAUGUACGUGCAGAGAAAAGUUUACCGGUAAUCCAUUUAUGCAGUGUAUUCUUCAAGAAGAAAAUGCAGUUCAGCCUUGUGAUCCAUCGCCAUGUGGAGCAAAUGCAAUUUGUACUCAAAGGGAUGGAGCUGGAUCAUGCUCCUGUCUAGAAGGAUAUCUUGGAAAUCCUUAUGACGGUUGUCGCCCUGAAUGUGUGCUGAGUUCCGAUUGUCCUGCUGAUAAAUCAUGUAUUAGAAAUAAGUGUGUAGACCCUUGUCCUGGAAUAUGUGGUAGAAACGCCGAAUGUAAUGUUAUAAACCACGUUCCGAGCUGUGCGUGUAUCAAAGGGUACACAGGAAAUCCAUUUGAUCAGUGUAUAAAGGAACAACAGAUAGAAAUAAUUAAACCGUGCCAGCCAUCACCUUGUGGUCCUAACAGUGUUUGCAGAGAAAAUGGUGGAUUAGCAUCAUGUGAAUGUCUUCCAGACUAUAGAGGCGCUCCUCCUGAUUGUAGACCUGAAUGUACUGACAGUAGUGAAUGCCCAUCAGAUAGGGCUUGUCAUAGAUUGAAAUGCGCGGAUCCUUGCAGAGGCACAUGUGGCAUAGGCGCCCAUUGUCAAGUUAUUAAUCAUAGUCCAUUAUGCAGUUGCCCAGCUGGUAUGUCUGGUGAUCCGUUUAAGAAAUGUAUCGAAAUUCAAAAGUCAGAAUACGAACCAGAUCUUCCCCAACCUCAUCCAUGUCAGCCAAAUCCUUGUGGAGCAUACAGUGAAUGUCGACCGAUUAACAAUAGUCCGUCAUGUUCUUGUUUACAAGGAUAUAUAGGAGCUCCACCUAACUGCCAUCCAGAAUGUCUUGUAAAUACAGAUUGUCCAUCUCACCAGGCAUGUAUCGCAGAAAAAUGUAGAAACCCCUGCGAAGGUUCAUGUGGAUUUAGAGCAGAAUGUCGCGUACAUGACCAUAUACCGAUAUGUAGCUGUCCUACUGGUUAUGCAGGCGAUCCAUUCAUACAAUGCACGGAAGUUUUAGAAACUCCUCCAAUCACACAAGAUCCUUGUAAUCCAUCGCCAUGCGGUAGCAAUGCAAUAUGUGAUGCAGGACUUUGCUCUUGUACUCCCGGAUAUUUCGGAGAUCCUUACACCGGUUGCCGACUUGAAUGUAGUACUAAUGGUGAAUGCUCCCCAACACGGACAUGUCAAAAAGGCAAAUGCGUCGAUCCUUGCCCAGGUGCAUGUGGAACGAAUGCUAUAUGUUCAAUCAAUAACCAUAUACCGUCGUGUACUUGUCCUCCUUCCACCUCAGGCGAUCCUUUCAACCUGUGCACUGAAAUUAAGCAAGAAAUUCCUUCAACAUCUCCUUGUUCGCCGUCACCAUGUGGCCCGUACAGUGAAUGUUCAGUGAGUAAAAAUGGUGCAGCUGCUUGUUCGUGCAAGGCUGGACAUGUUGGAUCGCCACCAUCGUGUCGCCCCGAAUGCCUCGUCAGCGCUGAUUGUAAAUUACAAUUGGCUUGUAUUGAUCGCCGAUGUCGGGACCCUUGUGAAGGAGCGUGUGGUCGAGGCGCACGUUGUCAAGUUAUAGCUCAUUCGCCUAUUUGCACAUGUAAUGAAGAUUAUACUGGUGAUCCAUUCUCAUAUUGUUAUCCAAAACCAGCACCACCACCACAACCAAUUGAUCCCUGUGAACCUUCACCAUGUGGUCCUAACUCGCUUUGCAUAAACUCUGGAGAAACACCAGCAUGCAGCUGCCAGCCAGGAUUUAUAGGAGUACCACCUAAUUGUCGACCGGAAUGUACGAUCAGCGCCGAAUGUCCUGCGACCUUAGCUUGUGUUGCACAGAAAUGUAAAGAUCCGUGCGAAAAUGCUUGCGGCCCACGAGCAAUAUGUUCUGUAGUCGACCAUCGAGCUAUCUGCGCCUGUGAACCAGGUUUAGAGGGUGAUCCCUUCCAGGGCUGUUCACAGCCAAAAGCUCCUCCAAAGGUCGAAUAUCUAAAUCCAUGUGAACCAUCUCCCUGUGGUGCAAAUGCUGAAUGUAAAGUCCAACGAAACGCGGGAUCAUGCUCAUGUUUACCUGAUUAUUUCGGUGACCCUUACCAAGGUUGCAGACCUGAAUGCUUAGCUGAUUCAGAUUGUCCGUUGGUUUCUGCAUGCAACAGGAAUAAAUGCAUAGAUCCCUGUCCUGGGGUUUGUGGAUAUAAUGCUGACUGCUAUGUGACGAACCAUAAACCAAUGUGUAACUGUAAACCAGGAUAUACAGGCACGCCACUCUCAAUUUGUCAUCCCAUUAGAGAAAAUGAUAUUGCAGUAAUAAAUGUAUGUAAUCCUUCGCCUUGUGGAACAAAUGCCGUAUGUAGAGAAGUAAAUAAUCAGCCAGUUUGUUCAUGUCUUCCAAAUUACAUGGGUUCACCACCUAAUUGUAAGCCGGAAUGCGUGGUAAAUUCUGAAUGCAAAUCAAAUAGGGCUUGUGUUAAUCAACGAUGCAUUAAUCCUUGCCCGAAACCAUGCGGACAAAAUACAGAAUGUAAAGUAAUCAAUCACAGUCCAGUAUGUACGUGCCGGCCGGGAUACUCUGGAAACGCAUUUACAAUGUGCAGUCUCAUAAUGCAAACAACUCCAAGUGUUGCUGUGCCUUCAAAUCCUUGCGUACCAUCACCAUGUGGUCCAUACUCCGAAUGUCGGGAUAACAAUGGAUUAGCUUCAUGUUCAUGUUUACCGUCUUACAUGGGCUCACCACCAUACUGUAAACCCGAAUGCGUUGUGCACUCUGACUGCCCGAGUGAUCAAGCCUGUGAGGCUGAAAAGUGUCGAAAUCCUUGUGAAGGCUCUUGUGGUUUAUACGCCAAAUGUUUUGUUAAUAAUCAUGUGCCUGUCUGCCUCUGCCCAGAUGGCUUCACGGGAGAUCCGUUCAGACAAUGUACUCCUAAGCCCAUAGAAGAUGUACCUGUGGCUGUACCAAGCGAUCCUUGUCAUCCAAGCCCUUGUGGGCCGAACAGCGUUUGCAACAACGGUGUUUGUUCAUGUGUUGCUGGAUACCAUGGUGAUGCUUACCUUGGCUGUCGACCAGAAUGUGUGUAUAAUACAGACUGUCCGUUGAAUAAGGGCUGCUUACAAAACAAGUGUGUAAAUCCUUGUAUUGGAACGUGUGGAUUGAAUGCCAACUGUGAAGUCAUGAACCACGUACCGAUGUGUUCUUGUCCUAAGGGUAUGAGUGGCAACGCAUUUAUAGAAUGCAGAGUAUCAGCAGUAACUAUUACAAACCCCUGCAAUCCCUCACCAUGCGGUCCGAACAGUCGUUGUCAAGAAUCAAAUGGACAAGCAGUAUGUUCUUGCGUACCAGGAUAUCGCGGUAGUCCACCGACGUGUCGACCUGAAUGUGUUGUUAGUUUGGAAUGUCCUCUAAAAGAAGCCUGCAACAACCAAAAGUGUAUAAAUCCCUGUAUAGGAGCAUGCGGUACGGCAGCCAUUUGUGAUGUUAUCAAUCACAACCCAAUUUGUACAUGCCCACCUUCAUUUACUGGAGAUCCAUUUGUGAGGUGUUUCGUCACAGUUGCUGUGGAAGCACAAGUCGAUCCAUGUGAACCAUCACCAUGUGGACCACACUCUAUAUGCAGAAUAAGUGGAGAGAGUCCCAUUUGUGCUUGUUUACCAACCUACAAGGGCACACCACCAAACUGUCGGCCAGAGUGCAUUAGCAAUAGCGAGUGUGACUAUAACUUAGCAUGCCUUAAUCAGAAAUGCGCAGACCCUUGCUUAGGCGCUUGUGGUUCUAAUUCUGAGUGUAGAGUUGUAAGUCACGCUCCUAUGUGCUUAUGCCAGAAUGGUUAUACGGGUGAUCCAUUCACAUAUUGCAGUGCUAUAAAUAUUGUGGAACAGACUGAAAUUUUAACGCCAUGCAAUCCAAACCCAUGUGGAUCUAACGCUGAGUGCAAAGAACAAAGAGGUGUCGGAUCAUGUCAAUGUUUAGAGGGUUACUUAGGAAAUCCUUAUGAAGGUUGCCGACCAGAGUGUGUCGUCAAUUCUGACUGUCCUCUAAAUAGAGCAUGUUCCAGAAUGAAGUGUAUCGACCCUUGCCGUGGUACAUGUGGCUCAAAUGCUCUGUGCCAAGUGCAGAAUCAUGUUCCAACAUGCUUGUGUCAGCAAGGAUACACAGGAAAUCCAUUCAGCCACUGCAGUAUCAUGCAAGAACCACAAGUAGUGGAAACUAACCCGUGUAAUCCUUCACCAUGUGGAGCAAAUAGUCAAUGCAAGGAAGUGAAAGGUCAAGCUGUAUGCUCUUGUUUACCUAGUUUUAUAGGUUCACCUCCAAACUGUCGCCCUGAAUGUGUGGUGAGCUCUGAAUGUCCAUCACAUUUGGCCUGCACGAAUCAAAGGUGCUUAAAUCCAUGCGAAAACACGUGCGGAGAAAAUGCUAACUGUAAUGUAAUAAACCAUAGCCCUAUAUGUGUCUGUAAGCAGGGCUUAACGGGAAAUCCAUUUACAAAAUGUUAUCCGAUUAAAAUAUCACAACCACCACAAAAUGUACCAUCUCAAGAUCCGUGUUUGUCAUCGCCAUGCGGUUUAUAUGCCGAAUGUCGGAACAUUGGAAAUGCUCCUUCAUGUGCUUGCAAACCGAAUUACAUUGGAAGUCCACCUAACUGCAGGCCAGAAUGUACUAUAAACUCUGAAUGCCCCAGCAAUCAGGCUUGUAUCAACGAAAAAUGUCGUGACCCCUGUCCGGGAGCUUGUGGUCUAAAUGCACAAUGUACUGUGUUUAACCAUAUUGCCCAAUGUGGCUGUUCUGAACAGUUCACUGGAGAUCCGUUUACGCGUUGUCUACCAGUACCAGACAACGAUGAACCGUCCACGGAAACUGAUUUGUGCAAUCCAUCACCUUGCGGAGCCAAUGCCCUAUGUAAUGAUGGCAUUUGUACUUGCUUACCAGAAUAUCAAGGAGAUCCUUAUUUCGGUUGUCGACCAGAGUGUCUUAUGAGCACAGACUGUCCCCAUAACAAGGCUUGUGUCAGAAAUAAAUGCGUUGAUCCUUGUGUAAAUACAUGUGGCAGAGAAGCUAUUUGUAAUGUCUUUAACCAUGUACCCAUGUGCACAUGUCCGACAGGGUACUCAGGAAACGCAUUCCUGGAAUGUCGCCCUAUUAGAGUGACUGAAGCUAUAAAGCCUUGCAACCCAUCGCCAUGUGGGCCCAACAGUCAAUGCCGCGAAAUCAAUGGCCAAGCUAUUUGCUCUUGCCUUUCUGGAUAUAUGGGUGCACCACCUACUUGCAGACCUGAAUGCACAUCGAGUGCUGAAUGUCCACUAAGCCGAGCUUGUUCCAAUCAACGAUGCAUAGAUCCUUGUAAAGGAAAUUGUGGGUCGGGAGCUCAGUGUCAAGUAAUAAAUCACAACCCUAUUUGUUCCUGCCCAUCGGGUUAUACUGGAGAUCCGUUCAAUAGAUGUGUGAUAGAAGCUGUUCAACAACCACCUUACGUUAAUCCAUGUGAACCGUCACCUUGUGGACCGAACUCAGUAUGCAGAGAAGUAGGAGGUUCUCCGUCGUGUGCUUGUCAAGUUGAUUAUAUGGGAAAUCCUCCGAACUGCCGCCCAGAAUGUAUUUCUAAUUCUGAAUGUCCAAAUGAACUAGCAUGUAUCAAUCAAAAAUGUCGAGAUCCUUGUCCAGGUUCUUGCGGAUCUGGUGCUGAGUGUCGAGUAGUGAGCCAUUCUCCCCAAUGUUUGUGUCCUCCAGGAUACACUGGUGAUGCAUUCCGAGGAUGUCAAAUUAUUGAUGUUCCGCUUGCUCCUUGCUCUCCUUCACCUUGUGGUCCAAAUGCAAUUUGUAAAGAACAAAGAAAUGCUGGUGCUUGUAUAUGCCUCCCAGAUCAUAUCGGAAAUCCUUAUGAAGGUUGCCGUCCAGAAUGCGUGGUCAAUUCAGACUGUCCUUCAAACUUGGCAUGUAUCCAAAAUAAAUGUAAAAACCCUUGUAAUAACAUUUGUGGACGCAAUGCCGUAUGUAAUGUUGUCAACCACACCCCCACGUGUGUAUGUCCGCCUGGUUUAACAGGAAGUCCUUAUCAAAAUUGCUACGAACAAAUACUAGAUACGCCUAUAGUUAAUAAGGAUCCUUGUUCGCCGUCGCCUUGCGGCCCGAAUAGCAUUUGCAAGAUAUCGAAUAACCAAGCAGUAUGCACAUGUCAACCAGAUUAUUUGGGAACACCGCCUGCAUGUCGACCUGAGUGUAUCGUUAGUUCAGAAUGUAACCAACAACAAGCAUGUAUUCAACGAAAAUGUAAAGAUCCGUGUGUUGGCGUUUGUGGACUGAAUACGGAGUGCAAGGUUAUAAAUCAUAGCCCUAUUUGCUCGUGUCGUCCGCAAUACACAGGAGAUCCUUUUAGUAGAUGUUAUAGGGCACCAGUUAUGGAUGUUACACCGGUGGUCACGAAUCCAUGUCUGCCAUCGCCAUGCGGUCCAUUCUCGGAAUGUCGCGAUGUAGGUGGUUCACCAUCGUGCUCCUGUUUACCACAAUAUACGGGUAGUCCACCAAAUUGUCGUCCAGAAUGUACCAUUAACACAGACUGUUCUAAUGAGUUGGCCUGUAUCAAUGAAAAAUGUGUGGAUCCCUGUCCAGGGUCGUGUGGCGUAAAUGCUAAUUGUAGAGUACAAGGUCAUGUGUCUAUAUGCACGUGCUUUGAUGGCUAUGUUGGUGAUCCUUUCCAAAGCUGUUCUUUUAAACCGAAUAUAGAACCUGUAGAGGCAGAUUUAUGCAAUCCUUCACCGUGUGGGCCAAAUGCAGUCUGCAACGAUGGAGUCUGUACUUGCUUACCAGAAUAUAACGGUGACCCAUACUUUGAAUGUCGUCCUGAAUGUACAAUAAGUUCUGAAUGCCCGAUGGAUAAGGCGUGUGUCAAAAAUCGAUGCAUCAAUCCUUGCAUUAGCAAUACCUGUGGCGUUAACGCCAACUGUGAAGUCGUCAAUCACAUGGCAGUUUGCACCUGUCCACCCAGGACUACAGGCAACGCUUUUAUACAAUGUACUCCUGUUAGAGAAAUUAUUUCAUCUAAUCCGUGUCAACCAAGUCCAUGUGGGCCCCACAGUCAAUGCCGAGAAUUUAAUGAACAAGCUGUGUGCUCUUGUUUACUUGGCUUCCGCGGAGCACCUCCGUCUUGUCGACCAGAGUGUGUUGCAAGUUCUGACUGCCCUCUCGAUAAAGCAUGUACCAAUCAAAAGUGUGUGGACCCUUGUCAAGGAACAUGUGGUGUAGCAGCUAAAUGUCAAGUGGUUAAUCAUAAUCCAAUUUGUUCAUGUCCUUCGGGAAUGACUGGAGAUCCAUUUACAAGAUGUAUGAUUAAACCUGCUGACGAACCUCUGGUUCCGGUAAAUCCAUGUUUACCAUCUCCAUGUGGACCCAAUUCUAUUUGUCAACAAACCAGUGGGGCUAUACCUUCAUGCCAAUGCCAACCCGAAUUUAUUGGAGCACCACCAAACUGUCGCCCCGAGUGUGUGGCUAACAGUGAAUGUCCUCCACAAAUGGCUUGUAUAAAUAGAAAGUGUCAAAAUCCAUGCACACAGGCAUGUGGCAUCAACGCUGAUUGUAGAGUCGUCAGCCAUACACCUAUUUGUAUUUGUGCCGAGGGUUACACCGGUGACGCAGCAGUCCAAUGCACAAUAACAGCAAUGACACCUGUUGAAUCUCUAUCGCCAUGCACACCGUCACCUUGCGGAUCGAACGCUGAAUGCAGGGAACAAGCUGGAGCUGGAGCAUGUACUUGUGUUACUGGAUACUUUGGCAAUCCUUAUGAAGCAUGUCAUCCAGAAUGCCUCGUAAAUUCCGACUGUCCAAGUAACAAAGCAUGCACGCGAAACAAGUGCAUCGACCCUUGCCCUGGAACGUGUGCCGUGAAUGCAGAUUGUCAAGUGGUGAAUCAUUCGCCUUUAUGUACAUGUCGACAAGGAUAUGAAGGAGAUCCUUUCACGCAGUGUAGAUUAAAACCACAAGAAGACAUUCCCUUAAAUCCAUGCCAACCAUCACCGUGUGGUCCUAAUAGCCAGUGUCGUGUGUCGAAUGGACAGAGUACAUGCUCAUGCUUACCUGAGUACCAAGGUGCACCACCAAACUGUCGGCCCGAGUGUGUUGUAAGUGCUGAAUGUUCAGCAGACAAAAUAUGCCAAAAUCAAAAAUGUAUUUCGCCAUGCCCUGGUCCAUGCGGACGUAACACAGACUGUAGAGUUAUCAAUCACAGUCCUAUAUGUACUUGUCAAAAUAGAUACACCGGUGAUCCAUUUUCCAGCUGCUACAUAGUUACAGUUCAAGAACAACCACCACCUGUAACGGAUCCAUGUGUACCAUCACCAUGUGGACCUAAUUCGCAAUGCCAAAACUUACGUGGUAUCCCUUCGUGUUCAUGUCUACCAAACUUUGAAGGCAGUCCUCCAAAUUGUCGACCAGAAUGUACAAUUAAUGAAGAUUGCGCUAGUAACCUAGCUUGUAUAAAUCAGAAAUGCAGAGACCCUUGUCCAGGUUCCUGUGGUAUCAACGCUAAUUGCCAAGUCAUAAAGCAUGUUUCCAUUUGUUCUUGCAAUGAAGGUUUUACUGGCAAUGCAUUUACUCAAUGCAAUCUAAUUCCACCAAAAGAAAAUGACGAUCCAUGUAAUCCAUCACCGUGUGGAAACAAUGCGGAAUGUAAUGACGGACAAUGCAGAUGUCUCCCGGAAUUCCUUGGAGAUCCAUACACUGGAUGUCGCCCUGAAUGUGUGCAGAGUUCUGAAUGUCCCCGUGAUAAAGCUUGCAUCAGAAACAAAUGUAUAGACCCUUGUCCGGGCACGUGUGCGAGCACGGCUGUUUGUAAUGUUGUUAACCAUAUUCCAAUGUGUAGUUGUCCCGAGCGCAUGACUGGCAAUGCUUUUGUUGAAUGUCGUCCUGUAUUAGAACCAGUAAUAUCAAACCCUUGUCAACCAUCUCCAUGCGGACCAAACAGUCAAUGUAGAGAUGUUAAUGGUCAAGCAGCAUGUUCAUGUGCUCCGAAUAAUAUUGGAUCUCCUCCGGCCUGUAGGCCUGAAUGCACCAUUAGUGCUGAAUGUCCACUCAAUCAAGCCUGCAGCAACCAACGCUGUGUCAAUCCUUGUAUUGGUUCUUGCGGCGUAAACGCUGAAUGUAAAGUAGUCAACCACAACCCAAUAUGCACGUGUCCAGUAUCGUAUACUGGUGACCCAUUCUCACGUUGCUUUAGAUUACCGGAACGUUUACCUGAGCCUGUAAACCCAUGCCAGCCGACACCCUGUGGACCUAACUCCCUCUGUAGAGUAGUAAAUGAAGCGCCAUCUUGUACUUGCUUGGAAGGUUACCAUGGUCAAGCUCCUUAUUGCAGACCAGAAUGCACAAGUAAUGAAGAGUGUUCUACACAUUUGUCGUGUAUUAACAAUAAGUGUAAAAAUCCAUGUGAAGGUGCUUGCGCUAGAAAUGCCGAGUGUAAAGUGGUUAGCCAUUCACCUAUUUGCCUUUGCCCGUAUGGAUAUACUGGAGAUCCAUUCUUUGACUGCGUUCAAGAACCAUUGCACAUAGAUUAUGUCUCUACUCCUUGUUCACCAUCACCAUGUGGAGCCAAUGCUAUUUGCAAAGAGAGAAACAACGCUGGAUCUUGUACGUGCUUGGAAGGUUAUAUUGGAAAUCCUUAUGAAGGUUGCCGACCAGAGUGUGUCGUGAACACCGAUUGUCCUUCAAAUAGAGCUUGCAUCAGCAAUAAAUGCGGUGACCCUUGUCCAGGUAGUUGUGGUACCAAUGCAGAAUGUCAAGUUGUCAAUCAUGCUCCACUAUGCACAUGUCUCAAUGGUUACACUGGAGAUCCAUUCCGCUAUUGUGUCUACCAAGAAUCAACUCCUGUUUCAACACCAAUCGAUGUAUGCUACCCAUCACCAUGUGGACCAAACAGCCAAUGUAAAGUUGUUAGCGAUCAAGCAGUGUGUUCAUGUUUGCCAGAGUACAUAGGUGCUCCACCUAAUUGUCGGCCAGAAUGUGUUGUAAGCUCUGAAUGCCCGCAAGACAAAGCCUGUAUUAAACAGAAAUGCACGAACCCUUGCCCUGGACCCUGUGGUACAAAUACUAAUUGCAAAGUUAUCAACCACAGUCCGAUAUGCUCGUGCAAGUCUUCUUUCACUGGAGAUCCAUUUACUUUAUGUACACCUAUUAGAUAUGAUCCUGUUCCGGAUGUAAGGAAUCCAUGUGUUCCAUCUCCUUGUGGACCAAAUUCUGAGUGCCGAGAAAUUGGAAACUCACCGUCCUGCUCGUGUUUGCCAUCAUUUAUUGGUAGUCCACCUAAUUGUCGACCGGAAUGUACAAUACACGCUGAUUGCCAAAGUGAUCGAGCAUGCAUUAAUUCGAAGUGUUUAGACCCGUGUCCCGGAUCAUGUGGUGUGUCAGCCGUAUGCAGUGUUCUUAACCAUAUUCCUAUUUGUUCAUGCAUCGAAGGAUAUGUUGGAGAUCCAUUUACUAGCUGCAGACCAAAACCGCUAGAAGUUGAACCGACCGUUGUAGAUGCUUGCACAAAUAUACGGUGUGGAUCCAAUGCUGAGUGUGUAAAUGGACAGUGUCAAUGUUUGCCCGAAUAUCAUGGAGAUCCAUACUUUAAUUGCCGACCAGAAUGCGUUUAUAGUACUGAUUGUGAUCAAACCAAAGCUUGUGUUCAAAGAAAAUGCGUUGACCCGUGCAUUGGUGCAUGCGGACAAAAUGCUGUGUGUCAAGUUGUUAAACACAUUCCCAUGUGCAGCUGCAAUAGUGGCUUUACUGGAAAUGCAUUUGUAUUAUGCAAUCCUAUUAGAGAAAUACCUGCCCAAAACCCAUGUAGCACGGCAAUAUGUGGCCCCAAUAGUCAAUGUCGUGAAGUUAAUAACCAAGCCGUGUGUUCGUGUUUGCCGACAUAUUUGGGAAUACCACCAGCUUGUCGACCAGAAUGUGUCGUUAGUGCCGAGUGUCCACAAAACCAAGCUUGUAUGAAACAGAAGUGUGUGAACCCUUGUAUAGGAACUUGUGGACUGAGAGCUACAUGCGAAGUGGUUAACCACAAUCCUAUCUGUGCUUGCCCUGCAGCUCAUUCCGGGGAUCCAUUCGUCGAAUGCACUUUCAUUUCAAAUUCUCCACCUUUAGAAAUCAACCCGUGUCAGCCUUCACCGUGUGGACCAAAUUCGAUAUGUAAAGAAAUUAAUGGAAGUCCGUCGUGUACUUGCUUACCAGAAUAUCGAGGUCAACCACCGUACUGUAAACCAGAAUGUAUAAGUAACAGCGAAUGUUCGCCCCAUUUAGCAUGUGUUAAUCAAAAGUGCAGAGAUCCAUGCAUUCAGGCGUGUGGAGCAAACGCUGAGUGCCGAGUAGUUAGCCACUCAGCUAUGUGUGUUUGUCCACAAGGGUAUUUCGGAGAUCCAUUUUCACAAUGCUCACCACAAAGCGUAAAUGAAUUAUUGACUCCAUGUUCGCCAUCACCUUGUGGACCUAAUGCUAUAUGCAGAGAACAAAAUAAGGUUGGAGCCUGUGUUUGUAAUGAAGGGUACUUUGGAAAUCCAUACGAAGGAUGUAGACCAGAAUGUGUCAGCAACUCAGACUGUCCAGGAAACAGAGCUUGUAUUGGAAACAAAUGUCAAGAUCCUUGUCCUGGUACAUGUGGAAUCAAUGCCGAUUGUUCUACGAUACACCAUGCUCCGACUUGUACUUGCAUAACAGGCUACACUGGCGACGCGUUCCGUCGAUGCAAUCCCAUUCCUGCUCAAGAUGUAAUUCCAGUAAACGUAUGUAAUCCAAAUCCGUGUGGACCAAACAGUCAAUGUCGGGAAAUAAACGGACAGGCCACAUGCAGCUGUUUACCUAACUAUCUCGGUGAACCACCCGCUUGUAGAUUGGAAUGUGUCAUGAACUCCGACUGUGCUUCAGACAAAGCAUGUAUCAACCAAAAAUGUGUGAACCCCUGUCCAGGCCCUUGCGGUCAGAGGUCGGAAUGUAGAGUGUUCAAUCAUAAUCCUAUUUGUAGCUGCGGUUCAGGUUUAACAGGAGAUCCAUUCACUAGAUGUUACCCCAAGCCAGCACCCCAGCCAGUUUUGGAUGAAGUUAAAGAUCCGUGUGUACCAUCACCAUGCGGUGCUUUCUCAACUUGCCGUAACUUCAGUGGACAGGCUUCGUGCUCUUGUUCGCCGGGGUACAUAGGCAGCCCACCUAACUGUCGACCCGAGUGUGUUACAAAUCAAGACUGUAUCAGUUCAUUAGCAUGCAUCAACCAGAAGUGCAAAGAUCCUUGCCUCGGCUCAUGUGGCCAAAAUGCACGUUGUUCUGUGUUGAAUCACCUGGCUAUAUGUUCGUGCUUAGAAGGUUAUAAAGGUGACCCAUUCACUGCGUGUACAGUAGAACCGUUGAAAGAUCCCAUUCCACUUGACCUGUGUAAUCCUUCGCCGUGUGGCUCCAACACAGAGUGCCGCGACGGAGAAUGUACAUGCUUGCCUGAGUAUCAUGGAGACCCGUACGUGGGUUGUCGUCCUGAAUGUACUGUCAGCACGGAUUGUCAAAAGAAUCAAAUAUGUGUACGCAAAAAAUGUGUGAACCCAUGCCCGGACACAUGCGGUGCUAAUGCUGUAUGCGAAGUUUUCAACCAUAUACCAAUGUGUAGUUGUCCAGCCGGUUACACAGGAAAUUCCUUUGUUUCAUGCAACGUAGUACGAGCACCUUUGCCGACAAACCCAUGCAAUCCAAGUCCAUGUGGUCCAAACAGUCAAUGUCGAGAAAUAAAUAAAGUGGCUGUGUGUUCCUGUCUACCCGGCUACUCUGGAAACCCUCCAACAUGUCGCCCAGAAUGCACUACUAGCGCGGAAUGUGCACUUAACAAGGCUUGUAACAAUUAUAAGUGUGUUGAUCCAUGCAUUGGAGCAUGUGGAGUCUCAGCACGUUGCGAGGUCGUAAACCACAACCCUAUUUGCUCGUGUCCAAAUGAUUUCACUGGUGAUCCAUUUACCAGAUGUGUACCAAAACCACUGGAAAUCCCACCGCAAAUAAAUCCUUGUUUACCUUCACCUUGUGGACCAAAUGCAAUUUGUCAAGCCAUUAAUGAAUCACCAUCAUGUACUUGUAUGCCAGAGUUUAUUGGAGCGCCACCAAACUGCCGACCAGAAUGUACUAGUAACAGCGAAUGUGCGAAUCACUUAGCAUGCAUCAACAACAAAUGCGGUGAUCCUUGCGUAGGUGCAUGUGGCUCCUUAGCAGAAUGCCGUGUUGUAAGUCAUACUCCUAAUUGCGUAUGUCCGCAAGGGUACAUUGGAGAUCCAUUUGUUUCUUGUAACGUACAACACGAUGUAGCUCCAGUGGAACGACCUACACCUUGCAGUCCAUCUCCAUGUGGAAGCAAUGCUAUUUGUAAAGAACGUAACAACGCCGGAUCUUGCGUUUGUGCAUCUGGUUAUUUUGGUAAUCCUUAUGAAGGCUGUCGACCUGAAUGCACGGUCAAUACAGAUUGUCCAUCAAACCGAGUGUGUCAGCAAAACAAGUGUCAGGAUCCAUGCCCUGGUACAUGUGGUAUAAAUGCUCAGUGCCAAACUGUGAAUCACGCACCCAUGUGUACAUGCAAUAGUGGGUACACGGGCAAUCCAUUCCAUCUCUGUAGUAUUUUAGACAAUAUCGAACCACCAACAAAUCCUUGUACGCCAUCACCAUGUGGGCCUAAUAGCGCAUGUAAGGAAGUAAAUGAUCAAGCAGUUUGCACUUGUUUACCAGAUUACAGAGGUUCUCCACCAAACUGUAGACCUGAAUGUGUCGUUAGUGCAGAAUGCCCUUCAAACUUAGCAUGUGUCGGACUGAAAUGCAUUGACCCAUGUGUUGGUCAGUGUGGUCUUAAUGCAAACUGCCUUGUCAUCAAUCACAGUCCCAUAUGCUCUUGCAAAAACGGCUUUACAGGAGAUCCAUUCAGUAGAUGCUACCAAAUAUUGACAACACCUCAAAUCCAAGAAGCGCCUAAAAACCCUUGCUUGCCAUCACCUUGUGGACCGUUUAGUGAAUGCAGAGAUAUUGGAGGAAUACCAUCUUGCACCUGUCUUCCAAAUUAUAUAGGAGCUCCACCAGGCUGUCGUCCUGAGUGCAUUAUUAACGCUGACUGCUCUAGCAACUUAGCUUGCAUCAAUCAAAAAUGCAAAGAUCCUUGUCCAGGUUCUUGUGGACUAAACGCUCAAUGUACUGUGAAGAACAACAUGCCCAUCUGUACCUGUCUCGAUGGUUACACUGGCGAUGCUUUUACUGAAUGUAAAAUACAAGAAAUACCAAACGACGAAGUUGAUUUAUGUAAUCCAUCACCUUGUGGAGCAAAUGCUGUUUGCGACAACGGGGAAUGCUCGUGUUUACCUGAAUAUCAAGGAGAUCCAUACUACGAAUGUCGUCCAGAAUGUGUUCUGAGUUCUGACUGUCCUCAUGACAAAGCAUGUCUACGGAAUAAAUGCGUAAACCCAUGUAAUAGUGGUGUGUGCGCUACAAACGCAAUAUGUGAAGUUACCAACCACAUACCAAUGUGCCGAUGCCCAGAACGUAUGACAGGCAAUGCUUUUGUCCAAUGUUAUCCAGCUGAAGUCAUGCCUACGCAUCCUUGUCAACCAAGCCCAUGUGGACCUAAUAGCCAAUGUAGGGAAAUAAACAGCCAAGCAAUUUGUUCGUGUCUUAGUGGAUACAAGGGAAGUCCACCUUCCUGUAGACCAGAAUGCACUGUCAGCACAGAUUGUUUGCCAAACGAAGCAUGUAGUAAUAUGAAAUGUGUUAAUCCAUGCCAAGGAGCGUGUGGCGUUGCCGCAAAAUGCCAAGUGAUUAACCACAAUCCAAUUUGCUCAUGCCCACCAUCAUACACUGGAAAUCCCUUCGUUAGAUGUAUCAUUCAAGAAUUCCACCCAGAGCCUGUAAAUCCCUGUCAACCAUCACCAUGUGGACCAAAUUCAGUAUGCAAGGAAACAUUAGGUGCCCCGUCAUGUUCGUGCCUUAGUGGUUUUGUGGGAUCACCCCCAUACUGCAAACCGGAAUGCAUUAGUAAUUCCGAAUGUUCUCUUCAUCUUGCUUGUAUAAAUCAAAAAUGCACUGACCCUUGUAUUGGUACCUGUGGUACAAAUGCCCAAUGCCAUGUUAUAAGCCACUCACCUUCUUGUUCUUGCCUGGCUGAUUAUACCGGUAAUCCAUUUAUAGAAUGCCAUAGAAUUGAAAUUAUACAAGACGUAACAUCUCCUUGCCAACCCUCUCCUUGUGGAGCGAACGCCGUUUGCAAAGAAUACAAUAAUGCGGGAUCAUGUACUUGCCUUCCUGACUAUUACGGUAAUCCAUAUGAAGGUUGCAAACCUGAGUGCGUAAUAAACACAGAUUGUCCAUCAAACAAAGCCUGUCUUCAAUCAAAAUGUCAAGAUCCUUGUCCUGGUGCUUGUGCUCCGAAUGCCUUGUGCCAAGUGGUCAAUCAUGCUCCAUCAUGCUCUUGUCCAAGAGGCUUUACAGGGGACCCGUUCAGAUAUUGCACCCCAGAACAAAUAUUGGAAACUCCAAUUGAUGUGUGCCGACCUUCCCCUUGUGGACCCAACAGCCGUUGCCAAGAAGUAAAUAAACAAGCAGUUUGCUCCUGUGAACCAGGCUAUAUAGGAGUGCCACCAGGUUGCCACCCUGAAUGUGUCACAAGCGCAGAGUGUCCGAGAGAAAAGGCUUGUAUAAAUCAGAAAUGCGAGAAUCCAUGUUUGCAAGCUAAUGUAUGUGGUACAAAUGCUGAAUGUAAAGUAAUUAACCACAACCCUAUUUGCACAUGCAUAGUUCGAUACACUGGAGAUCCGUUCACCAGAUGCAACCCAAUACCACCACCUGUAGCAAAUUCUGUAUUGGAGCCAUACAGGAAUCCAUGUCUGCCAUCUCCAUGUGGUCCUAACUCUAUAUGUCAAGAGACACGUAAUGUGCCUUCUUGCACGUGUAUGCCUAAUUUCGUGGGAAGCCCGCCUAAUUGCAGACCAGAAUGUACUAUCAAUUCAGAAUGUCCUACUUCACAAGCAUGUAUUCUACAAAAAUGUCGGGACCCAUGUUUAGGAUCUUGUGGUGUAGGUGCUCUAUGCACAGUGUCACGUCAUACUCCUAUUUGCACGUGUCCAGAUGGCUAUACUGGCGAUGCCUUCACGGUGUGCUCUCCUAAACCACUAGAAGCUGAAAUUAUUGACAAAUGCAAUCCGUCUCCUUGCGGUCCAAAUGCUAUAUGUAAUGAUGGUGUAUGCUCAUGUAUAGAAGAACACCAAGGAGACCCGUACAUUGGUUGUCGACCUGAAUGCGUGCUUAGUACUGAUUGCCCGCGCGAUAGAGCUUGCGUUAGGAACAAAUGUAUAGAUCCUUGUCCAGGAACCUGUUCCUCAAAUGCAAUUUGUGAUGUCAUUAAUCACGUACCGAUGUGUAGUUGUCCUCAAGGCAUGACUGGCAACGCAUUCUAUAAUUGUGAACCUAUUCAAGUACCCAUUGUGACGAACCCGUGUAUUCCAUCUCCAUGUGGACCUAACAGUCAAUGCAGAGAAAUAAAUGGGCAGGCAGUGUGUUCAUGUGUAGCGGGAUACCUUGGAAGCCCACCUCUGUGUAGGCCAGAAUGUGUAGUCAGUUCUGAUUGCCCACUCAACAGAGCAUGUAGUAAUCAGAAAUGUAUCGAUCCUUGUGUUGGAUCAUGUGGUGUGGAAGCAAAAUGUAAUGUCGUUAAACACAAUCCUAUUUGCAUCUGUCCACCCAAAUACACCGGUGAUCCAUUUAUAAGAUGUGUUCCAUUUAGAGCUCCAGUAGCAGAUGUAACUCCAUGUACUCCAUCGCCUUGUGGACCUAAUUCGAUCUGUAAAGAGGUCUCGGGAUCACCCUCGUGUACUUGUAUGCCAGACUACUUUGGUUCACCACCAUAUUGCAGACCUGAAUGUACGAGCAACAGUGAAUGUCCUUCUAACCAAGCCUGUAUCAAUCAAAAAUGCAAAGAUCCCUGCAUAAACGCAUGUGGUAUCAAUGCUCAAUGUAAAACGAUUAGUCACUCUCCAAUGUGUUUCUGUGAAAAUGGUUUUACUGGUGAUCCAUUCAGUAACUGCUAUCAACAUCAGAACAUCUACCCAGAGAAAACUUCACCCUGUGAACCAUCACCUUGCGGACCUAACGCUGAGUGCAGAGAGCAAAAUGGAGCCGGUUCUUGCACUUGUUUACCUGACUACUUGGGCAACCCUUACGAAGGAUGUAGACCAGAAUGUGUAGUAAACACGGAUUGUAUACCAAGUAAAUCAUGUAUACGUAAUAAAUGCCAGGAUCCAUGUCCAGGAACGUGUGGCCCAUUAGCAAUAUGUACGGUCGUUAACCACCUCCCAUCAUGUAGCUGCCCAGGUGGCUACAGUGGUGAUCCGUACAUAAGGUGUGAUAUCUUAAGAGAUCCUGUCCCAGAAGUAACUACUCCUUGUGUGCCCAAUCCUUGCGGACCAAAUAGUGCAUGUCGUGCUGUCAAUGGACAAAGUGUAUGUUCUUGUAUGCCAAACUACGUUGGCUCUCCUCCUGGUUGUAGACCGGAAUGUACAGUUAGUUCAGAAUGUCCCAACGAGAAAGCUUGCAUCAAUCAAAAAUGUUCUGACCCGUGCCCUGGCCAUUGUGGAAUAAACACAAUCUGUAAAGUGAUCAAUCAUAGUCCUAUAUGUUCUUGUAAUUCUGGCCAUAUUGGAGAUCCAUUUACCCGCUGUUACCCACAACCACCUAUUCAACAUCUACCUGAACCAAUAGGCAAUCCCUGCGUACCUAAUCCUUGCGGGGAGAAUGCAAUCUGCCGCAGUAUCAAUGAUGCCCCGUCGUGCUCAUGUUUGCCUGAUUACCAGGGGCUUCCUCCUAACUGUAGGCCAGAAUGUGCUAUAAACCAAGACUGCCCAUCAGACAAAGCAUGUAUUAAUCUGAAAUGUCGCGAUCCAUGUCCAGGCAGUUGUGGCCGGAAUGCAAUAUGCACUGUAUUUACACACGUUCCGGCGUGUACCUGCAGUCAAGGAUUUACAGGAGAUCCAUUCACCUCUUGUACUAUGCUAGCUCCUUUAGAAGAUGAUACACCAUCAGAUCCUUGCAAUCCUUCACCGUGUGGGUACAACGCUCAAUGCAGAGAUGGCGUUUGUACGUGCAUAAGUGACUAUCAAGGUGAUCCAUACUUCGGCUGCAAACCUGAAUGUUUAACGAGCAUGGAUUGUUCGUUGGACAAAGUUUGUUCAGGAAAUAAAUGUAUAAAUCCUUGCCCCGGAACUUGUGCCCCAAGUGCACAGUGUAAUGUUUACAACCAUAUUCCAAUUUGUACAUGCCCCGAAGGAUCCACAGGCAACGCAUUCGUAGAAUGCCAUGCAUACGAAGUUAUGAAUGUCGAGCCUUGUAAUCCAAGUCCUUGCGGCCCCAACAGCCAGUGCCGUGCAAUAAACAACCAAGCAGUUUGUUCGUGUCUACCGACGUUUAUAGGAGCUCCUCCAUCUUGUAGACCGGAGUGUACAAUCAGCGCUGAAUGCCCUCUGAACGAAGCCUGUAAUAAUCACAAAUGUAUAAACCCUUGCAUCGGUAGUUGUGGCUAUGCAGCAAAAUGUGAGGUGGUCAACCAUAAUCCAAUAUGUUCAUGCCCACCACAAUACACGGGAGAUCCAUUUGUUCAGUGUACUUUAAUAGUUGCAACUCCCCUGCCACCAGUGGAUCCAUGUACACCGUCGCCUUGUGGUCCUUAUUCAAUAUGUAAAGUUAUUGGUGAUUCUCCGUCAUGCACGUGCCAGACUGAAUAUAUUGGUGCUCCGCCAAAUUGUCGACCAGAAUGCAUUAGCAAUUCAGAAUGCCCGAGCAACUUGGCGUGCGUUAACCAAAGAUGUAAAGACCCGUGUCCAGGCAGCUGUGGAUAUAAUGCAGACUGUAAAGUAAUCAGCCAUGCCCUCGUGUGUUCCUGUCCAUUCGGCCAAACGGGAGACCCUCUAGUAUCAUGUGCUCCUGUAAAAGAUACCAAGAUUGAAUAUAACUCACCUUGUGAACCAUCACCAUGUGGACUAAAUGCACAAUGCACAGAGAGGAAUGGGGUCGGAGCUUGUAGAUGUGUUGACACGUUCAUCGGCAAUCCUUACGAAGGAUGUCGCCCUGAAUGUGUCAUUAACACUGACUGUCCUCCUAUGUUAGCUUGUAUUCAGAACAAAUGUAAAGAUCCUUGCCCUGGUAUUUGUGCUCCAAAUGGCAUUUGUCAAGUAGUGAACCACUUGCCUUCCUGUUAUUGUCCGCCAGGACUUACUGGAAGUGCAUACGUUAAUUGCGUUGAAAUUGUAAAAGAUGUUGUCAAACCAACACCAUGCACUCCAUCGCCAUGUGGACCCAAUAGUCAGUGCAGAGAAGUAAACGCGCAAGCUAUAUGUAGUUGCCAACCCGAUUUUAUGGGUACUCCACCGAACUGCCGACCAGAAUGUACUAUAAACAGUGAAUGUCCUAGUGACAAAGCUUGCUUAAACCGCAAAUGUCAAGAUCCCUGCGUGGGUCAGUGUGCAAGAAAUGCUAACUGUAAAGUUAUUGCUCACAACCCAAUCUGUUCUUGUCAAGACCGAUUUACCGGGGAUCCGUUUACUAAUUGUGUGCCCAUGCCAGUUUCGAUUCCUACACCACAAGUACCAGUAAAUCCGUGCGUCCCAUCGCCGUGCGGUCCAAAUUCCCAGUGCCAAGAGUUUAACGGAAACGCACGAUGCACUUGCCUGCCGAAUUACAUAAGUUCUCCACCUCGCUGCAGACCGGAGUGUACUAUCAACUCGGAAUGUAAUGCGGUCAUGGCAUGUAUAAAUAACAGAUGCUCAGACCCAUGCCCUGGAGCCUGCGGUAACAACGCACAGUGCAACGUCAAUAAUCAUCUGCCGAUUUGCUCGUGCUUGCCUGGUUUCAGUGGUGACCCCUUCAGCAACUGCCAAAUUAUGCAUCAAGAAAUCGAACCAGUCAACCCUUGCUCGCCGUCACCGUGCGGAAGCAACGCCGUCUGUGAUGAUGGUGUUUGCACCUGCUUACCAGAAUACUUCGGUGAUCCUUACUUCGCAUGCAAGCCGGAAUGUGUACUUAACUCGGACUGCUCGCGAGAUAAAGCAUGUGUCAGAAACAAAUGCAAAGAUCCAUGCAUCGGAACUUGUGGAACAGGAGCCAUUUGUGAAACUAUAAACCAUAUUCCUAUGUGUUCAUGCCCAGUAGGCACUACUGGAUCUCCAUUCCACUAUUGCAAUGAAGUCAAGGAACCGGCUGCACCGGUCAACUUAUGUGAACCAUCCCCAUGUGGUCCCUACAGCCAAUGCAGAGAAGUGAGUGGGCAUGCCGUGUGUGUUUGUGUGCAAGGCUACGUGGGCAGCCCACCCAACUGCCGGCCAGAGUGUACCGUCAGUUCGGACUGUAAUCUAAAUCAAGCUUGUUCCAAUCAGAAAUGCAUAGACCCUUGUCCUGGUGCCUGCGGACGUAACACACAUUGUAUAGUUGUCAACCACAAUCCCGUGUGCACUUGCUUAUCGGGAUAUGCUGGAGAUCCAUUUUCUACUUGUCAACUUAUCCCGUCCAAGCCACCAGAAAAGGUUAACCCCUGCCUUCCCUCACCAUGUGGACCGAACUCACAAUGCACAGAAAAUGGAAACAAUGCUGAUUGCAGGUGUUUACCCGAGUAUGUCGGUGCUCCACCUAGUUGUAGACCAGAAUGUACCAGUAACACAGAAUGUGCAUCAAAUAUGGCUUGCAUAAAUAGGAAAUGUAAAGACCCUUGUCCAGGCUCAUGCGGUGUGAAUGCUGAAUGUAGAGUCGUUAGUCAUACACCUAUUUGCUUAUGUCAAAACGGCUACACCGGUGAUCCAUUCCUGUACUGUAACAUCGAAGUACUUGCUAUAGAACAAGAGCGACCAACUCCAUGCGUGCCUUCGCCAUGUGGCGCAAACGCACAAUGUCGAGAACAAAACAAUGCUGGCUCUUGCACAUGUUUACCUGGAUACUUUGGUAACCCCUACGAAGCAUGCAAGCCCGAAUGUUUGGUAAAUUCAGAUUGUCCAUCAAACUUGGCGUGUUAUCAAAACAAGUGUCACGAUCCCUGUCCAGGCACUUGUGGCAUAAACGCGCAAUGCAACGUGAUCAAUCAUAUUCCAAGUUGUUCAUGCCCAGACCAACAUUACGGUGUUCCAUAUAAAAUAUGUACAUUCAAGGUCCAAUCUGAUCCAGUAGAUCCUUGUAAUCCUUCACCAUGUGGUCCAAACAGUCAAUGCAAAACCCAAAACGGUAUUGCUAUUUGUACAUGUCUAAAUGGCUACCAAGGAACUCCACCAGAUUGCCGACCAGAAUGUGUAAUAAGUUCGGAAUGCCCACUGGACAAAGUAUGUGAAAAUUUCAAAUGUGUAUCUCCCUGUGAGAAGGCUUGCGGUAUACAAACAGAAUGUAGAGUGAUAAAACACAAUCCAAUAUGUACUUGCAAGCAAGGUUACACUGGUGAUCCAUUCUCGGUCUGCUACCUAGUUCCUGAGAAGCAACCUACUCUAAUGGAACCUGUGAACCCUUGCAUUCCUUCUCCUUGUGGGUUGAAUGCAGAAUGUCGCGAUAUUGGGGGAGUACCAUCAUGCUCAUGUACUGUUGGUUUCUUUGGCAGUCCCCCUAACUGCAAACCAGAAUGCGUAGUAAAUACAGAUUGUAGCAAUGAUAAGGCCUGUAUAAACAUGAAAUGCCAAAACCCCUGUCUAGGAUCAUGUGGCCUGAAUGCUAUUUGCAAUGUUGUUAACCAUAUACCAGUCUGUUCAUGCCCAAGUGGAUAUGAGGGCGAUCCUUUCGCAAUAUGCAACGUUAAACCAGCGGAUAUUCCUCAAAAGAUUGAUCCGUGCCAACCAUCGCCUUGUGGAUCCAAUGCUGUAUGUAACAAUGGUGAAUGUAGAUGCUUGCCAGAAUAUCAAGGAGACCCAUAUUUCGGUUGCCGACCAGAAUGCGUCCUCAGUACCGACUGCCCAUUAGACAAGGCAUGCCUUAGAUCAAAAUGUGUGGACCCGUGCCGCGAUAUGUGUGGUCAGAACGCUGAGUGCAAUGUCUAUAAUCACGUUGCUAUCUGUAGCUGUCCCAGUGGUAUGACUGGUGACGCGUUCACACAGUGUAUCCGCAUAGAAAUACCUGCUAGUAGACCAUGUGAACCUUCUCCGUGUGGACCAAACAGUUUAUGCAGAGAAGCAAAUGGCCAAGCCAACUGCGCUUGUCUUGGAGGUUUUAUAGGAAAUCCACCUAAUUGUCGCCCAGAAUGUAUCCAAAGCACGGACUGUGCUCCUUCUCUGGCAUGCAUUAAUAGAAAAUGUCAAGAUCCAUGUCCAGGAUCAUGUGGCCAUAACGCCAUAUGUAAUGUUAGAAAUCACAAUCCAAUAUGUACAUGCCCUCCAAGACAUACUGGUUCUCCAUUCAGUCACUGUUAUGUUCAACCAAUUCAAGAGCAAGAACCUUCAAAGCCUUCAAAUCCCUGCGUACCAUCGCCAUGUGGACCAAAUAGCAUUUGUAAUCCAACUUCUAAUGGCGAAUCAUAUGUUUGCUCAUGUGAACCAACAUUUGAAGGCAGUCCACCGAACUGUCGCCGCGAGUGCACAACAAGUGAUGAAUGUCCCUCGAACAGAGCAUGUAUCAACUACAAAUGCAAAGACCCAUGCCCUGGCUCUUGCGGAACUAACACGCAAUGUAACGUACGUUUGCACAGCCCUAUGUGCUCUUGUGAUGAAGGUUAUACUGGAGAUCCGUUUACAGCUUGUUAUUUGAUACCACAAGCAGUAGAAAAGUUAGACCCGUGCAAUCCUACACCUUGUGGAGCUAAUGCUCAGUGCAAAGUUUCGAGAAACAAUGCUGCAGCCUGCAUAUGCGAACCUGGAUAUUUCGGUAAUCCCUAUGAAUCUUGUAGGCCAGAAUGUGUGGUUAAUACCGACUGUCCUUACAAUAAAGCAUGUCUAAGGAACAAAUGUGAAGAUCCUUGUCCAGGCGUAUGCGGCUCUACGGCAUUAUGUCAAGUAAUAAAUCAUGUUCCAUCAUGCAACUGCGCUCCAGGAUACACUGGAAAUCCAUACACCUUCUGUCACAUUAUCAUAAACGAGCCAACACCGGUACCACAAAAUCCAUGUGUACCUAAUCCAUGUGGAAGCAAUUCCAUCUGCAAGGACAACAACGGACUCGCCACAUGCUCGUGUAUGCCUGACUUCUACGGCGCUCCACCUAAUUGCCGACCUGAGUGUACAGUAAACUCAGAGUGUGAUAAUACUAAGAGCUGUAUCAGACAGAAGUGUGUAGACCCGUGCAUUGGUUCUUGUGGACAAGAAGCGGAGUGUAGAGUAGUGAACCACGCACCAAUAUGUUCUUGUAGAAGAGGAUUUGAAGGAGAUCCGUUUGUUAAAUGUGCUAUUGUUAAAGAAGUAUCAGUGCCACUACAAGAUCAGAAUCCUUGUGUACCAUCACCAUGUGGACCAAAUUCUCAAUGUCAAGUUACGAAUCGCAUAUCAUCAUGUUCUUGUUUGGAGAACUACGUUGGUACACCACCGAACUGUCGAGCAGAAUGCACUGUCAACUCGGACUGUCCAAGCACUAAAGCCUGCAUAAACCAGAAAUGUCGUGACCCAUGCCUCGGCUCGUGUGGUCUUCAAACAGAAUGUCAAGUUUAUCAACAUGCUGCUAUUUGUAGCUGCAGAGAGGGCUACACUGGAAAUCCAUUUGAAAGCUGCCAUGUUAAACAAAAAAUUGAACCUGUACCUGCAGUUUACGACAAAUGCAACCCAAGUCCUUGUGGAGCAAAUGCUGUUUGCAAUGAUGGACAAUGCACGUGCAUGCCUAACUUCUUCGGAAACCCAUACUUAAGUUGUCGUCCAGAAUGCACAAACAAUGCUGACUGUCCUCAGAGUGCAACGUGUGUCAAUAAUAAAUGUAUCAACCCUUGCACCAAUCUGUGCGGACAGGGUGCAGUGUGUGAAGUGUACAAUCAUAUUCCAAUGUGUAGCUGUCCAUCAAAUACCAGUGGAAAUGCAUUCUUUUCAUGCACACCAAUAACAGUAGUACACGAAGAGAGAGAUCCUUGCCAUCCAACGCCAUGUGGUCCAUAUAGCAUCUGUCGCGCGGUACAAGGACAAGCAGUGUGCUCUUGUCUCAUUGGCUACAUAGGUGUGCCGCCAUCAUGCAGGCCAGAAUGUCUGGUCGACUCUGACUGCACCAGUGUUAUGGCAUGUUCCAAUCAAAAAUGUACCAAUCCUUGUCAAGGAUCUUGCGGAUUAAAUGCGGAAUGUCGUGUCCAUAACCACAAGCCUAUUUGUUACUGCAGAAAUGGCUACACCGGAGAUCCAUUUACCCACUGUGUAGUCGUUCAAGAUGAACCACCGCCAAAGAGAAUGCCUUGUGAACCAUCACCAUGUGGUCCUAAUUCUGUGUGUCGAGCAGUAAACGAAUCACCGACAUGUUCUUGUCAGACCGGAUACAUGGGACAACCGCCAUAUUGUCGCCCAGAAUGUACAACGAACAGUGAAUGUAACUUUGAUCGAGCAUGUAUCAAUAACAAAUGCGCCGAUCCUUGUGUGGGUGCCUGCGGACUUAACACAGAAUGCCGUGUCAUCAGCCAUUCUCCGCAAUGUGCGUGCAAACCAGGAUAUGAAGGAGACUCAUUCUAUCAAUGCACUCCUAUCAAAGCAUCAGUUCCAGCUGUUGUCCCAUCGCAACCAGUUGCACCAUGCCUGCCGAAUCCUUGUGGACCAAACGCUGUAUGCCAAGAACGUAACAACGCCGGCAGUUGCACAUGCGUUACGGGCUAUUUCGGUAAUCCCUACGAAGGUUGUAGGCCAGAAUGUGUUCUCAAUUCCGAUUGUCCCGAAAAUCUCGCGUGUAUUAACAACAGAUGUCAAGAUCCAUGUCCUGGGUUGUGUGGAAUUAAUGCACAAUGUCAAAUGAUCAAUCAUAUUCCUAACUGUGCUUGCACAUCUGGAUACGUGGGUGACCCACAUGACAGGUGCAUUCUGAGAGAAGAACCACCACAGGACCCUUGUAACCCAUCACCAUGUGGCCCAUACAGCACAUGCAAUGCUAUUUCUAACAAAGCAAUAUGUACUUGCCUUAAGGACUAUGUUGGAAACCCGCCAAACUGCAGACCAGAAUGUAUAAUGAGUUCAGAAUGUCCUUUGAACAAAGCAUGUGUUAAGCAGAAAUGUAUUGAUCCAUGCAUUGGAGCAUGCGGAGAAAAUGCACAGUGUCGGGUCCUACACCACAGCCCAUACUGCACUUGUUUACCAGGUUUCGAAGGAGAUGCUUUCAUUAGAUGCACGAAAGAAAAAGUAUUACCACCACAAGUAAAAUCUCCUUGCGAACCCAACCCUUGCGGUCCAUUCUCCACGUGCAGGGACUCCGCUGGUUCGGCUAUCUGUAGUUGCAAGGAAGGCUACUUCGGGGCUCCACCUCGGUGUGCGCCAGAGUGUGCCAUCAACGAGGAUUGUCCUAAUGACAAAGCAUGUGUGAGGGCGAGGUGUGUCGACCCUUGCAUUGGAUCAUGUGGCUCAAAUACCGAGUGCCGUGCAAUGAAUCAUCUUGCUAUUUGCACCUGCUUAAGGGGUUAUCGUGGUAAUUCCUUCGUCGGAUGUUACCAGUUUGAUGAACCACAAACACCAACAUUUACGGACCCUUGUGCUCGAAAUCCGUGUGGAAGUAACGCCAUCUGUAGCAACGGAACAUGUUCUUGUAUUCCGGGAUAUCACGGAAAUCCUGCAAUUGAAUGUCGGCCUGAGUGUACUAUCGAUAGUGAUUGUGACAAACGACAAGCUUGCGUAAACUACAAAUGUGUCGAUCCAUGUAAGAAUGCAUGUGGCCUUGAUGCAGUGUGUAAUGUCUACAAUCACAUAGCUAUAUGUGAGUGUCCCGCCCCGCUACAAGGAGAUGCUUUCAUAGCCUGCCGACGUGUAAUAGCGCCAGUGGAAACAGAACCAUGUUCACCGAAUCCAUGCGGACCGAACAGCAUAUGUCGUGCACAAGGUACAGUGGCUCACUGUUCGUGCCGACCGCCCAUGCACGACGAGCCUCCCAGUUGCCGACCUGAGUGCCACAGCUCAGCGGACUGUCCUAACACGCUGGCGUGUCGCGCUGGCAAGUGCCGCGACCCUUGCCCUGGCGCAUGUGGUGCUCACGCUGUUUGCCGAACAACUAUGCAUUCUCCAAUUUGCACAUGUCCUCCUGGUUACGUCGGUGAUCCGUUUAUUCGUUGUGUACCAGCCCUCGAGUCUGAACCUAAAAAGAAGUCACCAUGUCCCGAUUGUGGGCCGAAUGCUGAUUGCGUUGACGGCCGCUGUCGUUGCCACGCAGGAUUCUUCGGGGCACCUCCGUUCUGUCGUUACGAAUGUCUGAAAUCUAAUGACUGCGAAUGGCAUCUAACUUGCGUUAACAGACGUUGUAUAGAUCCCUGUCCCGGAGCGUGCGGUUACCGUGCUGAGUGUGUGCCAGUAGCUCACGAGCCACGUUGCACUUGUCCACCUUCUACCACCGGCAAUCCUCUUACAGCGUGUCAUCCCAUCGAAGAUAUUCCUAAACAGCCAAACGAUCCCUGUGUGCCAUCGCCCUGUGGACCUGGCGCUUUGUGCCGAGUAAAAGGAACAAGCGCGUCUUGUGAAUGCGAGCCUGGAUUGCGUGGAGAUCCGUAUACUGGAUGCCGACCUGAAUGUCUCGCGGACUCUGAUUGCCCACCUUCUAAAGCUUGUAUACGAUCUCACUGCCGUGACCCUUGCCAGGGCACUUGUGGAGUAGGAGCGGAUUGUGAAACCGUCAAUCAUAUGCCUUUAUGUUCAUGCCCACCUGGAACUAGAGGAAACGCAUUUGAAAGAUGCUAUACAGAAAUGACCCAGCCACCGUGUACACCAUCUCCCUGCGGCCCCGGCGCGUUGUGCUCAGUGGUCGGUGACAGUGCCAUGUGCACGUGUCCCAGUGGCACCAGCGGUGACGCAGCCACCACAGGAUGCAGGCCCGAGUGCGUGGUCAGCUCGCAGUGUCCCCGAGAUCGCGCCUGCGUGCGCAACAAGUGCAUAGACCCAUGCCCUGGAACUUGUGGCAACGCUGCCAUGUGUCGCGUCUUCAACCAUGCACCUAUAUGCUGGUGUCCACCGGCCACUACAGGCGAUCCAUUUGUUGCUUGCAUAGAUACACCAACAAAGGCCCACGACCCUUGUGAUCCCAACCCUUGUGGCCCGCACGCUACCUGCCGCAAUGGAUUAUGCACAUAUUACGAAUGUACCGUCAAUGAUGACUGCCCUGGUGACCGCGCUUGUAUCAACAGAAAGUGCACCGACCCAUGUAUUAAUGCAUGUGGUCUCAACGCGAUCUGCACAGGCGUGCGACAUUCCCCGGUUUGUUCAUGCCCACCUGGGUACACAGGCUCUCCGCUGGUGCGGUGUAGCCCCAUCUCAUCGCAGCCGCCGGCACCUGAAUGCAUGUCCGAUGAACAGUGCGCUGACAACGCCGCGUGUGUUGACUCGCGCUGUUCACCCGUGUGCGGUCCUAACAACUGCGGACUGAAUGCUCGGUGCAUUGCAAAACAACAUAGAGCAUUAUGCACGUGCCUACCGGGAUACGAGGGCGACGGAUACACAGGAUGUUAUUCAGUACAAUGCCACAGCAACAAUGACUGUCCGGACGAUGAGAGCUGCGAAAGCGGUUCUUGUGUGAAGGUCUGCCUACGUAUUCGUUGCGGAACAGAGGCGCAUUGUGUUGCACGCGGCCACAGUGCUUCGUGUGAAUGUAAUCCUGGCGCCAACGGCAACCCAUGGACUGGAUGUCGUAGAGCCGAAUGUGUCAUAGACGACGAUUGUCCCUCAUGGUUAGCUUGCUCUCGCAGCAAUUGUAAGGAUCCAUGUCUCGGAGCAUGUGCUCAAGGUGCCAUCUGUUCGGUUGUUCGACAUGUCCCGACGUGUGAAUGCCCGAGAGGCACUCAAGGCAACCCUAAGAUUGAAUGCCGACCAGUUGUAGACGAUACGCAAUGUUUCUCUGAUGGUGAAUGUGGACCGGACCUAGCAUGCUUGCAAGGUGUUUGUAAGAACCCCUGCGAACCGACAUCUUGUGGCAUUCGAGCAGAAUGUAGGGUUGCGAAUACAUUGCCGUUCCGUACGCUCGUUUGUGAAUGUCCAAAGCCUCUUAUUGGUGAUGCCUCAGUCCAAUGCAACCCAAGGGGUGAAUGUAAUGCAGACAGCGACUGCAGUUCUGAGGAGCACUGCCGUAAUCGUUUGUGCGUCAGCGCAUGCGCAGAUAUAACGUGUGGUUCAGGUGCUGAAUGUAGGGCCAAUCAACAUCGUGCCUCUUGUUCCUGUGUACCACCUCUGCAAGGAAACCCAGAAGUCGCAUGCACACUCGGAGUUCCUGGAGUGAUAUGUACAACAGAUUCAGAUUGUGGUAGCGCUGAAGCCUGUAUCGCUCAACGAUGCGUGUCAGCGUGUGCGGGAGCUUGCGGCACCGGCGCCUUGUGCGACGCCCCGCAGCAUCGUGCCCGCUGCCACUGUCCUCCCGGCACUGCCGGCGACCCUGCCCGCCUCUGCUAUACCCCCGAAUGUACAUCAGAUGAAAACUGUCCAUUUGACAAGACUUGUGUUAAUGGAUACUGUCAAGACGCUUGUUCUCUCGGUACGCCUUGUGGAAGAGACGCAACCUGCGUGGCAGUAGCACACAUUGCCAGUUGUCGUUGCCCGCCUGGCACCCAGGGUGACCCACGACGUGCCUGCGUAUCUGCUAUCUGUCAUUACAAUGAAGAUUGCGACGACACACAGAUCUGCAAUCGACUCAAUCGUGUCUGCCAACCGGCAUGUUCCGAACAAUCAUGUGCCCCAGACGCCAUUUGCACUGCGCGCAACCACCGCGUCGUGUGUACGUGCCCCGCCGGUCGCAGCGGCGACCCGUACGGCAGUGGCUGCAGCACACCGCACGACGACACCGAGUGCACCACAGACUCAGAUUGCCCGGCUCCGUUUGCCUGUACGAACAGCCGCUGCGUAGACCUCUGUCUCGGAAAUCCCUGCGAAACCGGACUAAUUUGUAAGAUCGUCGACGUGCUUCCGCUACGCGCCGUGGCUUGUGUUUGUCCUGAUAGUGGUCGUGUGGCACCAGACAAUGGUUGUCGCGCUCCACCUGAAGCCGAAUGCUCAGUUGAUUCUGAAUGCGCUAACACUCAAACUUGCCGUCGUGGCAGCUGUGUCGAAUCUUGUCGGGCAGAUCCUUGCGGACAAAAUGCUCUUUGCGAAUCCAUCGACCACAUAUCUCGUUGUACUUGUGCACCGGGAUACACAGGAAAUCCAAGAAUCGAAUGUAAUACAAUACCCAGACAACCGGCCAUUUUUGAAUGUUACAACGAUGAGGAAUGUGGUCCAGAACGGGCUUGUAAUGACGACCGUGCUUGUGUAAACCCUUGUAAUGACGCUUGCGGCCUCGGAGCUCUGUGUAGAGUUAUAGAUCAUAAACCUCAAUGCUCGUGCCCGAUAGGAUAUUCGGGCGAUGCUAACACUCGAUGCACACCACCUUCUGACAAAUCGAUUAUCCCCGCGGGCUGCAAAGCAAAUCACGAUUGCCCACUGUCUCAAGCGUGUGUAAAUGGAGUGUGCGCAAACCCGUGCGCCUGCGGCUCUAAUGCAGAGUGCACUGUUGUGCGACACCAUCCUGUCUGCUACUGCGAGCGUGGCUACUCCGGCAAUCCUUACAUCGGUUGCACUAAAGUUGGUUGUACCUCUGAUUCCGAGUGUCCUGAUAGUGAUACAUGUUACAACGGCGCUUGUGUCAACCCUUGCGUAGUGGAAGCUCCGUGUGCUGUCAGCGCAGAAUGCUUCGGUAAAGCACACAGACCUAACUGUCGUUGCCCGGCUGGAACAUUUGGAAAUCCCUACACUAGAUGUCAAGCAGCAGAAUGUGAGAUUGAUAAUGAUUGUAACGAUGACAGCGUGUGCGUAAAGGGAACAUGUCGCAACGCUUGCUCGAACUUCGGUGGAAACCCUUGUGCCAACAAUGCUGAAUGCUUCGCACGAAACCACGCUGCGUCUUGCAAAUGUCCUCCUGCACUACCUCUAGGAGAUCCUUUGGUUCACUGCCUGAAAGUCGACGUUAUUGGAGAACCUGAAUGCCGCAUGGAUAGUGAAUGUCCUAGUGGCUAUGCUUGCCUCCGAGACGAAUGUCGCGAAGCUUGUAGUGAACUGAAACCAUGCACUGGCAACGCCCGUUGUACUGUAUCUGACAGUGUACCGUUCCGAACUCUCAUAUGCCGCUGUCCAGAUGGAUAUAUUCCCGAAGAAGGAGGAAACUGUAAACCUGCACAACUACCUACGCCUAGCUGUUUAUCGGAUAAGGACUGUGACGACCACGAAUCUUGUAUCGAUAGAAUUUGUCGCAACCCUUGCAACUGUGGGGACAACGCAGAAUGCUUCAUUCGGAAUCAUAGACCUAUAUGUUCGUGUCGCGAAGGAUUCGAAGGCGACCCAUACCGGCGAUGCCACAUUGUUGGCUGUCGCAGCAACUCGGAAUGUCCAUCUCAUCAAGCGUGUAUUAAUGGUAACUGCAUUAGUCCUUGCCUCUUGAAUAGCACCUGUGGAGCGAAUUCAGAAUGCUACGUAGAAAGGAAUGUACCACUGUGCAGAUGCCGACCCGGAUUCGAAGGCGACGUUUAUUCAGGUUGCCACGCAAUCGAAUGCAGAAGUAAUGGCGACUGCCCACAAGACAAACAAUGUUGGGCUCAUAGAUGUGUAAAUCCAUGCCUUAACGAGAAUAUAUGCGGUACGGCAGCUACAUGCUUGGUGAGAAACCAUAUCGCUGUAUGUAAAUGUGAACAAGGUUACACAGGAAGCCCGUAUAUCGAAUGUAGGCCACCAAUCACCGCAGAGUGUUACAUGGAUGCUGAUUGCCCUCCCAGAAUGGCUUGUUUGGCAUCAAGGUGUGUCAACCCCUGCACAGAAUUACGGCCCUGUACGGCUCCAGCACAAUGUGAAGUAUCACCAACACUACCUGUGCGCACUAUGUUAUGUACUUGUCCACCUGGGUAUGUGAGCAGCGGCGGAGGUAUCUGUCGACCAGUAACAUCUAUCACUAAUGUCAUUUGCACCAAUGACGAUAACUGCUCAGCUAACAAUACCUGCGUAAACUCGGUAUGUAAAGAUCCUUGCGAAUGUGGACCUAAUACAGAUUGUCAAAUAAAAGAACACAAACCGGUCUGUGCUUGCCAACCCGGCUUCAUCGGGGAUGCUCGCACUGGAUGCUACAAGGUUUUAUGUCAAUCUGAUUCACAAUGUGCAGAUGAUGAAACUUGUUUCAAUAGCCGUUGUAUCCCAGCCUGCUCAGUGGAUUCCGACAUAUGUGGAGAAUCAGCUGAAUGUUAUGGCAUUGAACAUCGCGCCUCCUGUAGGUGCAAGAUUGGUACUAUAGGCAACCCAUCGAUCGCGUGUACGCCUAUUGGCUGCCGAUCUAACUCUGACUGUCCAUUAGAUAAAUCAUGCAUCAACACCAAAUGCGUGAACCCUUGUAAUGCAACCUCUUGUAACGAUCCUGCUGAAUGUAGAGUGCAUCUUCAUGAGUUGCACUGUGUUUGUCCACCUGGCUACCAAAGCACUGAAGAUGGAUGCGUCAGCACUAAACAGCCACAAUGCAUCACUGAUAUUGACUGUCCUCCUGGAACUGCUUGCCUGAACGCAAAAUGUCUGAACCCUUGUCUGGAAAUAAAGCCUUGCGGUAUCAACGCCGAAUGCAAGGUUGUGCACACCCUACCAGUCAGAACUAUGAUAUGUGAAUGCCUUCCGGGAUACAAAGGAAAUGCUCUUGUCGAGUGCACUUCCAACAGACGACCGAUUCAAGAGUGUAUUGAAGGACAAGGAAUUGACUCUACUGGUGAAUGUGUGCCAUGCGUCGCUAGUGACGGCCGUGUGCUAGACGCGCGCGGUCGCUGCGUGUGCGACGCGACCCGCGGCUUCGUGGCGCGCGGCGACAGGUGCGAGCCGCGUGGCUGUCGCGCCGACGCCCAGUGUGACGACCGCGAGCGCUGCAUCAACGGCGCUUGUGUGGACGCCUGUAUGGCCGAGCCGUGUGGUGUCUCAGCCACUUGUGAUGCGAUCGGCCAUCGCUCACACUGUACCUGCAUUGCGGGCUAUACCGGCAACCCACGCGUACAUUGCAACACCACGAACCCUCCAGUUUACCGUACCGAUUUCCCUCUACCUGAUAUGCAGGUUCACUGUCUCGCCGACGGCGUCCGAGUUAGUCUGAAGAUCAAGGACUUCAACGGUGUGUUGUAUGUAAAGAGUUACAGUAAGGACGAACGCUGCCGACUGGUUGUAGAUACACCUAAAGAUGAGGAAAAUAUUGUCGACUUCACCGUGCACUUCGGAGAAUGUGGCUUAGUGCAUGUGAAUGGCCUUGCUAGCUUCGUUCUUGUCAUGCAAAAACAUCCGAAACUUGUGACUUCAAAUGCCAAGGCAUUCCACAUCAAAUGUAUAUACCAGACGGGCGAACAGAAUGUGACGCUUGCAUUCAAUGUAUCAAUGCUGACAACGGCUGGCACCAUUGCUAAUACAGGACCGCCGCCCACUUGUUCAAUGAGAAUCGUAUCUCGCUCCGGCAGCCAAGUUAGCUCUGCAGAGAUUGGAGAACAUCUAGUCCUGCAAGUUGAUGUACAACCCUCAAAUAUCUAUGGUGGUUUUGCACGAAGCUGUAUAGCGAAGACAAGCCAAGUAGCUACAAAUGAGGAGACCGAAUAUCAGGUCACAGAUGCUGACGGUUGUGCAACUGAUCCAUCAAUCUUUGGCGAAUGGGAGCGGAGCGAAGACGGCAGCGUACUGCGAGUCGCUUUUAACGCUUUCAAGUUCCCCAGUAGCGAUAACAUACGAUUCCAAUGUAAUAUACGAGUCUGCUUCGGCAAAUGUCAACCGGUAAAUUGUCGCGGUGCUGACGCUUUUGGCAAGCGACGUAAACGAGAAGCGAUCGACAGCAGACCAUCAGGUUCUCCCGCAGGCCAGUUCCGCGAGGAAGUGACCGUCGAGUCGAACCAAAUUCUAACGCUACAGCGACGCGAUCCGUCGCAAGUAGCACGACAGCGCGACGCCGGCGGCGCGGCGGGCGCGGGCGCUGGCGCUGGCGAGGUUUGCGUGUCGGCGGCUGGGUUGGCGGUGGCGCUCGCGUUGACGGCGCUGCUAGCGCUAGUGGCAGUGGCGGCAGCUGUGGCGUGCUGGCUGGUGGCGUGGAGACGCGCGCGCCCGCCGCCCGCUCCCCUGCCGCACCCGGCCGACUUCCCCAACCCGCUGUUCCAGCGCUGAGUACGCUAGUCGCGGCCGCGCUCCUCCGCCGGCACCGGGCGGUGUCGGUCUUCCUCUCUCCUUAUCUCUGUGCUGCCGCCGGAGGACCGCCGGCCGGGGGCGCGCCGAGCGCUCGCUCGCGCUCGCCGCGUCCCACCCUAUUCUUUACUUUAUAUUAAUUUUUACGAUUUACUUUUACUAAUGUGGCAUCCGUCGCUCUUCGAAUUUUGUGAUAUUCAUAUAAAUAUUCGAAAUCACCAUAAUUUUAUGUAAAAUAAAUAUCGAUUAUACCUAGUUUUAAGAAUAAAUAAAUAAUUAAUAAUA